GGCACCCUAUAUGUAUUCCCUAUUUAGUGCACUAUUGGCCCUGGUAAAUUUUUUUUGCAAUAUAUACACUCUUAGAAAAAAGGGUUCCAAAAGGGUUCUUCGGCUGUCUCCAUAGGCAAACCCUUUUUGGUUAAAGGUAAAUACCCCUAUUUGGUUCCUGGUAGAACCAUUUUGGGUUCCAUGUAAAACCCUCUGUGGAAAGAGUUCUACAGGAACCCAAAACGUUUCUACUUGGAACCAAAAGGGUUCUACCUGGAACCAACAAGGGUUCUUCAAAGGGUUCUCCUAUGGUGAGUGUACGGAAUAAAGUGCCAUUUAUGAGAAGCGCUCACAUAAGGGCUCCUUUGUCUGGAAUUAGCUCAGCAGUGGGUGUUUCUAACUGUUAUAGGUUAUUCAAUAAGACAGUAAUAGCACCAGUGUAAGUGGCAGCGAUUUAGUCUUAGAUUGGUUUAUAAGAUAAAGCAACGUUGGGGAGAUGGAUACAUUUUUAUAAUCACAGGGGGUAACUAAUUUUUAUACCCCUCCGACAUUCUCAAAGAGGCCUAUUUGUUAAGCUAGGAUGCUUGUUGUUCUAUCCAAAGGGAUGGAUGGAUGAAAUAUGAGGGAGUGAGGGAUGGAUGGAUGGAAUAUGAGGGAGUGAGGGAUGGAUGGAUGGAAAUUGAGGGAGUGAGGGAUGGAUGGAUGUAAUAUGAGGGAGUGAGGGAUGGAUGGAUGGAUAAUGAAGUAGAAUAGAGAUUGUUGUUGUUGCCAGGCCCCACGCCCAGUGGGAGGAUGAAUCUACUGCUGCUGAAAGACAAAACAGUGAGAAAAACUCUUUAUGGUAGUCAUGGAAACAUGGGCCAUUCCAUUGUACACUAUUAGUAUGGACCUAGUUCUUAUUCCAGGCUUGGUGAAAGCGUGUCCAGCAGCAGUCACCGUUUAUGAGUGGAUGAGAAAUCAGCAGACAGAAUGAUGUAUGUCUCAGCCCUUACAGAGAAUUCUGCCCUGACAUCUGGGUACCUCUUCUCUCUGCUACUGACUUGUGUGUUAUCGGUGAUCUGGGUUUCUGUUUCUCUCUGCUACUGACUGUGUGUUAUCGGUGAUCUGUGAUUCUGUUUCUCUCUGCUACUGACUGUGUGUUAUCUGUGAUCUGGGUUUCUGUUUCUCCUCUACUACGUUGUUAUCUGUUUUGGGUUCUGGACACAUUCAACCCUGAACGAACCUCUUCCCUACCAAUCCUUCAAUCCGCUUCCCUCUCCUCUCUUUCCUGAUUUUCCUGUGAAUCCUAUCCCUUUGUCCCAUAUAUCUGGGUCCCCUCAUCCCCCACCUCCAUCUCUGUCCCCCUCUUCCUGUUCCACUACCUUCUCUCCAAACCGCCUAUCGGCCCCUCUAUCUACCGCUCCUCUAUCUCUCGCCUACCCCGCUCUAUGGCUGCCCCCUCUCCAUCUCGCCCACCCGCUAGGGUCCUCCUUCUACUCCCAACCCGAAAACCCUCCCUCUAUCUCCCCCACCCCCCCCCCCCACGCGCCCUCUCUAGGCCCCCCGCAUCACGAGCCCCGAUCCCGACCCCAGGGCUCCACUCAUGUCGCAACCCCACCGUACUCGAGCAGACCGGCCAGGGGCCCCCCCCAAGGACCUCUACCCACCACCCCCAACUGCCUCCCUCCAUCCCAACCAUCCCCCGCCUCUACCCUCCCACCUUUUUCCCCCCCAAAUAAGCCCCAUUACCCCCUCUAUUGCCACUUGAUUUUAACCCCUACACUCCCAAUUCGCCUCCCCCACCUUCACCCUAUCUAAACUAUCUCUCUCCCCUAAUCCGCACCCAUUAACAUGUCGUUUCCCUCACCUUCUAUCUCCCUACCCCUCUCUAUCUCUGUCCUCCCUCUCAUCUCUCAAUCUAUCUCUAACUUCCCUCCCCUCUCUAUCUCUCCCUACCCUCUCUACUUCCCCUCCUACUCCUCUCCUUUCCCCUUACCCCCGGAUCCCUUUUCCUGUCCCUCCCUGGUGUCCAUCCUGUCUGUCCAGCCUUCUACAGCGCAUCACCCCUCACCUCAGCAGGCAUCAUCCCCAUCAUGCAGUCUCUGUGUCCCGACGGCCAGAGGGACGAGUUUGGCUUCCUGCAGUACAAGAACUCAACGUGAGUCACACAGUCAGUCAAUCCCAGUCUCUCUCUCUCUCUCUCUCUCUCUCUCUCUCUCUCUCUCUCUCUCUCUCUCUCUCUCUCUCUCUCUCUCUCUCUCUCUCUCUCUCUCUCUCUCUCUCUCUCUCUCUCUCUCUCUCUCUCUCUCUCUCUCUCUCUCUCAAGACAGACUCCAUUUAUUUUGUUUAAUGUAACUUACCACUAAUGGACUAACAGUGUUAAUGUCUACAACACUUACAGUAAUGGCAGAAGUGGACAGUGGUAGUUAUCUGUAAUUGUAUGCAUAUAAUAAAUUAAUCUCCCUCUGUUGAUGUGUGGACUUCUCCUAAUGGGAGAGGACUGUCAUUGUGUCUUUGAACUAUACCCUACACCUCUCUCAAUGCACUCUCCUCUCAAUGUACCCUCCCACCUGUUUUCUCCCUCUGUCGCUGUGUCCCUUCCUUUCACUCGCUCGACUCUCUUUCUCCCCGCUCUUCCCUCUCCCCCUUCUCCCCCCUCCCCCAGUGUGACCCAGUUGUUGGAACGGAUCAGUGAGGUGGUGUUACAGAACCACCUGUUCACAGCAGACAGGCCAGGACUGGGCCAGGAGCUGGAGUACCUGGAGAGCCUCAGCACAUCCACUGGGCCCUCCCCACUGGACAACGGCUUCAACACCAGCCAAGGUAUGUGUGUCAGUGUCUGUCAGACACAGUGGCGUGUCAAGAACAUUUUGAAUUGGGUGGCCAAGGUGGGGCACACACCAAGUUUAGUGGGGCCAUAACAUUUUGAACCUUAAUUGAUGCAAAGGUGGAUUUUUUUCAAUAUAACUAUGAUGGUUCAACGCCAGUGGAGGCUGGUGACUUCAAAAAUUGAGGAGGAAGGGAGACUCACGGUAUAGGCGCGGGCCACACAGACUGUUGCAAUGCUUGUUUGAAAAAUAAUCUAAAACAAAUUACAUUAACCUAAAACAUUUAUUAAAGGCAUUUACAGUAAAAUAUUAUGAGGAAUGGGACAAGGCCAGUUUGUCUAGGGAAUGAUAGUGUGCAGGACAGGCUCAUCAGCGGUGGUCAACCUUGCUCCACUGAUCCCUGAUCUACUCAGCGAGCAGAAUCCUAUUCCAGCCCAGCCCAAUUGAUUAUCAUGUGUGUUAUUACUGGACUGAAACAGAACCCUGCACACCCAACAGACCUCCAGCAGGAUUGGCCUGCUCCAGUUGUAAUAGGUUUAUACAUUGUGUGUCAUUGAUGUUUAACUGUAAUUUUGUAUACAACAUUUGUUAAUAUAGGUACACAUACAGUAUAAUCCAUGGUAUAUCUAUAUGAUUAUAUAAACCCUUAGUCUCAACCCUGGGACAUUCAUUGGCACCUUUCUCUUCAUCUGCAAACAGGCUUUCAAAGCGUUCCAUAUUUACAUUACAUUUUAUUCAUUUAGCAGACACUCUUAUCCAGAGCGACUUACAGUUAUUUUUUUAUUUAUUCAUACUGGCCCCCCAUGGGAAUCAAACCCACAACCCUGGCGUUGCAAACGCCAUGCUCUACCAACUGAGCUACAUCCCUGCCGGCCAUUCCCUCCCCUACCCUGGACGAUGCUGGGCCAAUUGUGCGCCGCCCCAUGGGUCUCCCGGUCGCGGCCGGCUACGACAGAGCCUGGAUUCAAACCAGGAUCUCUAGUGGCACAGCUAGCACUGCAAUGCAGUGCCUUAGACCACUGCGCCACUCGGGAGGUUAAUAUUUGACAACAGAAACCAUGAAAGAAACAGGCUUCAUUAUAUUUAAAUUAGACAGGACUGAAUAGAAUGUUGCUAUUAUCUCUCUGUCCUCAAAACUGGAGAAUCUUUUCAUAAUGUCCUCCCACCAAAUUACCUGCCCUGUUCAGUAGCCUACACUCUCCCUUUACUGACAGCUGGAGAUGCAAUUUCACCCUCUUCCAUGGCUGUUACAAAUGCAUUUGGAGACUGUCUUUUUAAUUUACAGUGAUUACAUCAAGAUAGCUAGCUAAUAGGAAGUUGGCUAGCUUAUUAUAUUAAUUUCACUUGGCUAAACAGUGUGUAAGGUUAGCUAGCUAGCUAGCUAGCAGCUCAGUUGAGUUAGCCUACAAAGUGGCCUAGCUAGCUAGCUAAUAAAUUGUUUUUAACAUUUUCAAAAUAUAUUUACUUACUUGAAUAGGUUCUCUGACCGCCUCCGUUUUUCUCAAUCUCAAUCUAUCCAACAAUGGUGACCAACCUGUUCAGGCUUUGUCUUCUCGUUCCAAGUCCGACCAGUCCUUGUGGCAUGUGUUCAGUUUGUUUUGAAACUUGAUGCUAUGUGGCUACUUACUUUUCCGGCUCCGGGAGAGGGGCGGGUCCAUGGGUGGGGUGGCCCAGUCCUGGUGAAGAUGACACUGAGUGCUGCUGGAAUCAGCUUCCGCGCCUCAAAUGCUACUUGAGGAAAGUGUAAUGCUGACAUCAGAUCAGCUCUCACUUGCAUUACGCGCCGCUGGUCCCGCUUCAUUGAGUUGAUCAACUUGACUAACAACCUAUCAGAUCUCAGAAUUUCUAGGGGUGGACCACCCUGGGCCAACCCCUGGAUACGCCACUAGUCAGAGUGUGUGUAUUGGUGUGUUGGACAGUUUGUGUGUGUGUGUGUGUUUCACCCAAAUGAUAGACAUGCACAAUAACAUUUUGAGGGGGAUUCAGUCUAGCACCUGUUGUAGUCUAAUGAAGAACUUCUGGGUGAAAUGUUGCACAAUAAAACAAUGGGAGCAUUCAUCAGUGUGUCGGUAUCUAUCUUUAUUUCAUGAGUUUCUUUUUGUACCCAGCACCUGCAAGUUAUUUAAUGUGCGUGCACUGCUUUUGAUAGAGUGCUGUGUGAUCUCUAUCGGAGAAGCAGUUCAGUAUAUUCUCUGUGGUUGUGCUGUAUGAUUCCACCCCUGCAGGGUUCACCUUGGCCAGUGUGUUGAAGAACCAGUCAGUGUUCCAUCAGUUCCUGGUUAGGAAUCUGUCUCUCCCCAAUAACACUGCCAGCCUACUGCUCUCCACUCCUGUCAACCUCAAAGAGGUCUGUGCUCCUGUCACACGCAUACACGCACACACACACACACUGUACCUCACCAGUCCCAAUCAACCCCCUAUGGAGUGUUUUAUCAUAGAGUAAUGCAUAUUGUUUUAGCAGAGUUUAUUCCAGUGUAGUCACAUGACUGAUGAACAGUGAAGGCAGAAACAAUGUCUAUUGGUUAUAUUUACAUUUAGAUAACACAUUUUUGCCAUCUAAUCUUGAAUAUACACCCGAUCGCCAAUAUUUCAGAUUUGGCAAAGACCUGUGUGUGUGUGUGUGUGUGUGUGUGAGUGCAUCCUGUUCUCUGAAUGUGUGUGUCCUCUCUCCCCCUGCUGAACUGUAGGUCUACAACAUGAUAUUUGGCCUGUACUCCAGAGCUGGAAGGGGGAGUAGUCACGGUUCUGGAGGGGCAAAAGAGACCGCACAAACCCCUGCAGAGAAGAUCCUUCAACUGGAGGUAGGCUGCUAAUUGGAAAUAUUACAUUGAAUUGAAUUGAUCUGAGUGGGUGUAUUAGUUCUGCAGUAAUCCCAAUACUAUCCUCCCCUCAGGAGAAGCUACUGGGAGCCAUGCACAGGCUGGAUGGAGGACUGAUCCACAAAGCUUUACAAGACCCAACCAACGCAGCCCAUCGACAGGGCCUGCUCAAACUCAUGUCCCAGGCGUUAGGCCUAGCAGGAGGAGAGGCAGGCCAGAGAUACGACCCCCAGGGACUGAAGGAGGUGGAGGUACACUAUCUGAUAUAUUCUCCUCUACCUGAUAUAUUCUCCUCUAUCUGAUAUAUUCUCCUCUACCUGAUAUAUUCUCCUCUAUCUGAUAUAUUCUCCUCUACCUGAUAUAUUCUCCUCUACCUGAUAUAUUCUCCUCUAUCUGAUAUAUUCUCCUCUACCUGAUAUAUCUCCUCUAUCUGAUAUUCUCCUCUAUCUGAUAUAUUCUCCUCUAUCUGAUAUAUUCUCCUCUAUCUGAUAUAUUCUCCUCCUUUUCUUUCCUCCUUCCUCCUGUCUUUAUGGAAUCACUAACAUUUAUCGUACAGGACUACCAUUGAAAUAAUUGAUACCGUAUAUGAUGAAAAUGAUGAGGAUGAGGAUGAUGAUGAUGAUGAUGAUGAUAAGGAGGAGGAGGAGGAGGAGGAGGAGGAGAGGAGUAUGAUGAGGAUGAUGAUGAGGAUGAUGAGGAUGAUGAGGAUGAUGAGGAGGAGGAGGAGGACGAGGAGGAGGAAGAGGAGGGAGGAUGAUGAUGAUGAUGAGAAGGAGGGGGAGGAGGAUGAUGAUGAUGAUGAUGAUGAGAAGGAGGAGAUGGAGAGGAGGAGGAGGAGGAGCAGGAGGAGGAGGAGGAGGAGGAGGAGGAGGGGAGGAGAGGAGGAGGAGGAGAGGAGGAGGAGGAGGAGGAGGAGGAGGAGGAGGAGGAGGAGGAGGAUUUGUAUGUGCUGUUGAUUGUUUUCUUUUUUCCCCCAAAGGGUGUUCUUCUGACUGGUGCCAUGUUGGAAAUGCUUACUUGUGUGGAGGAUGGGACAAGUGAGCUGAGCAAGAUCCUAUUGGUUCCUGAGAAGCAGCAGUACCUGCUCCAGGCCUAUCGCAACGCAGUGUGUGGUGGCGGGGAGGGACAGAGGACUGAGCGCUUUGGAGAUUUAAGCCAGGAGCUGAGAGAACAGAUAGACACACAGAGCCUCAUUGACAAGGUAUAGUACUGAGAGACAUGGCCUCGUCCCAAAUGGCACCCUAUUCCCUAUUCAGUGCACUUCUUUUGACCAGGACACAUAGGGCUCAGGUCAAAAGUAGUGCACUAUAUAGGGAAUAGGGUGCCAUUUGGGGCACACUCGAAGGCUGCUUUGAACUGGGAAUCCCCAUGGUGAGCAAGGCCGAACUACUGCAUUUGGCACCGACCUCGGUGCCCUUCCGGGGACCUUCGGUCCCUCCGGGCGACCUCCGGGCAAAUCAGUUAACUUCCUGCAUUUCAACACAUUUUGCCAUGGUUCAGAGAGAAACAUUUGCAGUUUUAUAAUGCUAUUCUACACAUUUUGUCAUGAGGCUAAAAUAAAAUGUUGCAGUUGUAAAGCUAAUUUCCUAUAAUUCUACACUUUUUGCCAUGGGGAAGAAAGAAACAUGUGGUGUUUUAUAGCUCAUCUCAUGCUAUCGUUCACAUUUUGCCAUGAGGCUGAGAGAAGGUUGGGGGCCCCGGGGCACGUGCUCUGCAUGCCCGUUCGGUAAUCUGGCCCUGAUAUUGAGGUGCUUUUCACUCAUCAAACAAAUAUAAAUACUGUGGAUUGUGGAAUGGCAAACAGUCCAUGGCUCCUCAGUAUAUCUAUGGACUCUCUCGCUCUCUUUCUCGCUCCCUCUCUCUCUCACUCUCCCUUUCUUUCUCUCCACACCAGCUGUGUCAGGAGAAGGCCAACUCCUCGGCUCCUCUGUCCCAGUCCCACCUGGGUGCUCUGCUGAAGGACCUGGCAGACGUGGAGAGGCUCGUCAGAGACGUAGACCUGCUGUCAGGCCUGGCUCGCCUGCUCCCUAAGGGGGCCUGUGCUGGGGGUCAUACGGUCCCUGGGGCCCCCGCCAACACUACCACCUCCUGGGCCCUCAACACCACUACCUGGGGGCCCAACACCACCGAGACCCCCGGGGAGGAGGGAGGAGAGGAGGAGGGUGGAGGACGAGAGAAAGAGAAAGGGAAAGAAGAAGAGAAUCCUCAUUCCCAGUUUUCUGCAUUUGUACAGCUGUGGGCAGGGCUGCAGCCUAUUCUGUGUGGGAAUGACAGGUACACGUGUGUCUGUGUAAUGGGAUCAUUCCUGUGCCGUUGUUCUUUGACUGGAGAUCACCCAGCCUGAGUGCCAGUCUGUUUGUGCUAUCAUGCCAAUCCCCUGUCACUUACUGUCAUGACAGCAAUGUAAUGGCUGGAGCACAAACAGAUCCGGGACCAGGCUAGUGAUCUACAGGGGUAUGCAGGAUUUUGUUCCAGCUGUAUAAGAACACACCUGAUUCAACUAAUCAAGGGCAUAACGUUUUGAAUUGAUAAGGUGUGUUAGAGUUGUGCUGACACCAGGGUAGAGAAACACUGUGCUCUAUACCAAUGCUGUAAAGGCUAAAGUUGUUUAUUUCUGUCUUCUGUCCAUCCCCAGGAUCAUUGAGCCUGAGGCUUUAAAGCAGGGGAAUAUGAGCUCUCUGGGUUUCACCAGUAAAGAGCAGCGCAAUCUGGGUUUACUAGUGCAUCUGAUGACUACAAAUCCCAAGAUCCUCUACUCUCCCGUCGGCUCACAGGUGGACAAAGUCAUUCAGAAGGCAAGUACAUGAUGAUGUUCUUUCAGCCUCUGUCAUCUGUAUCAUUAUAAUGUAUGUAAGCAUGGAUGGAUAGAUGUAUCUAUGUAUAUAUAUAUGUAUGUACUGUACCAGUCAAGAGUUUGGACACACCUACUCAUUCAAGGGUUUUUCUUUAUUUUUUAUAUUUUCUACAUUGUAGAAUAAUAGUGAAGACAUCAAAACUAUGAAAUAACACAUAUGGUAUCAUGUAGUAACCAAAAAAGUGUUAAACAAAUCAAAAUCUGUUUUAUAUUUGAGAUUCUUCAAAUAGCCAUCCUUUGAUCACAGCUUUGAGAACGGAGAUCAUCCGUUCACCCACACCGCGUCUCACAAAGAGAUGUGUCUGUUACUUCAACUCUGUGAAGCAUUUAUUUGGGCUGCAAUUUCUGAGGCUAGUAGCUCUAAUGAACUUAUCCCCUGCAGCAGAGGUAACUCUGGGUCUUCCAUUCCUGUGGCCGUUCUCAUGAGAACCAGUUUCAUCAUAGCGCUUGAUGGUUUUUGCGACUGCACUUGAAGAAACCUUCAAAGUUCUUUACAUUUUUUGUAUUGACUGACCUUGAUGUCUUAAAGUAAUGAUGGACUGUCAUUUCUCUUUGCUUAUUUGAGCUGUUCAUGCCAUAAUAUGAACUUGGUAUUUUACCAAAUAGGGCUAUCUUCUGUAUACCCCCCUAUCUUGUCACAACACAACUGAUUGGCUCAAACUCAUUAAGAAGGAAAGAAAUUGCACAAAUUAACUUUUAACAAGGCACACCUGUUAAUUGAAAUGCAUUCCAGGCAACAACCUCAUGAAGCUGGUUGAGAGAAUGCCAAAAGUGUGCAAAGAUGUCAUCAAGGCAAACGGUGAAGCUGGUUCAGAGAAUGCCAAGAGUGUGCAAAGCUGUCAUCAAAGGAUGGCUAUUUGAAGAAUCUCAAAUAUAACAUAUAUUUUUGAUUUGUUUAACACUUUUUUGGUUACUACAUGAUUCCAUAUGUGUUAUUUCAUAGCUUUGAUGUCUUCGCUAUUAUUCUACAAUGUAGAAAAUAUUAAAAUAAAGAAAAACCUUUGAAUGAGUAGGUGUGUCCAAACUUUUGACUGGUACUGUAUAUGUAUGUAUGUAUGUAUGUAUGUAUGUAUGUAUGUAUGUAUGUAUGUAUGUAUGUAUGUAUGUAUGUAUGUAUGUAUGUAUGUAUGUAUGUAUGUAUGUAUGUAUGUAUGUAUGUAUGUAUGUAUGUCUGUAUGUCUGUAUGUAUGUCUGUAUGUCUGUAUGUAUGUAUGUAUGUAUGUAUGUCUGUAUGUAUGUAUGUAUGUAUGUAUGUAUGUAUGUAUGUAUGUAUGUAUGUAUGUAUGUAUGUAUGUAUGUAUGUAUGUAUGUAUGUAUGUAUGUAUGUCUGUAUGUCUGUAUGUAUGUCUGUAUGUCUGUAUGUAUGUAUGUAUGUCUGUAUGUAUGUAUGUAUGUAUGUAUGUAUGUAUGUAUGUAUGUAUGUAUGUAUGUAUGUAUAAACAGUGACUGGUGCCUUCUAUGCUGUGUCCUCUGCAAUAGAGUUGUUCAGAUGUCAUUGUUGCAUUGCUGGGUUAAACAUUAGCAAGAUAUACAGCUAUAUAUUGUCUAUAUUAAUUUGAUAAAGUAAUAUGAAAACGACUAUGAAAUGCAUAUGUAUGCAAGAUGUGAUCCAUCAAAGGCUGUAUCAAGGCUCCCUCACUAUCUUUAAGCAUCAGUUGUCAGAGCACCUUACCGAUCACUGCACCUGUACACAGCCCAUCUGAAAUUAGCCCGUCCAACUACCUCAUCCCUAUAUUGUUAUUUAUUUUGCUCAUUUGUACCCCAGUAUCUCUAUUUGCACAUCAUCUCUUGCACAUCUAUCAUUCCAGUGUUAAUACUAAUUGUAAUUAUUAUUGUAAUUAUAAUUAAUUAUUUUGCACUAUAGCCUAUUUUAUUGCCUUACCUCCAUAACUUGCUAAAUUUGCACACACUGUAUAUUAUAUGUAUUUCUGUUGUAUUUUUGACUUUGUUUUGUUUUACCCCAUAUGUAACUCUGUGUUGUUGUUUUUAUCGCACUGCUUUGCUUUAUCUUGGCCAGGUCGCAGUUGUAAAUGAGAACUUGUUCUCAACUGGUUUACCUGGUUAAAUAAAGGUGAAAUAAAAAAAUAAAAAAAUCAAGCCAACGCCCAUAGUAAAUCCAUAAAAUUAAAUAUCUCAGCAUUAUCUGGAUCUAUUUCCUAAUACCAAUACUAAACUGAGGACAGUGCUCCAUUGGUUGUUUCAUAUAUAUUGCUGAAUAUAGCCACUGUCAGGGAUAUUGAGACCAGUGGAGGCUGCUGAGGGUAGGACGGCUCAUAAUAAUGUCCGGAACGGAGCAAAUGGAAUGGUAUCAAACACCUGGAAACCAAUGUGUUUGAUGUAUUUGAUACCAUUCCACUAAUUCCGCUCCAGCCAUUACCACUAGCUCGUCUUCCCCAAUUAAGGUGCCACAAAACCCCUGUGAUUGAGACUCAUAUUAAGAAGAAUAGGGAAUGUGGUCUUUAGUCAUUUAUCAGACACUUUUAGACUCUCAGCGUAUUGAGAACAUGUUGGGAAUUCAGUAGGAAUCCCACGGUCAUUUGUUUCCCAGCCUUACACAUUAAUCAUGAAGCAUGUUCUGUAUAUUGGUUUAGAGCACGAUUUGUAGGAAGUCAAUGAGCUGCUAAAUUAAUCAUGCUCCUCCUCAGUGCCCGGAGGUCUCACUAUACCACAAUAUAUGCAGAAAUGGCCAUCGAUUCUGUUUCUCUGUACAUCCCACUAGUUACCACAGGCUUGUUAUUGGCAGACGGUUGAUUUCUUAUCUUAGCAAGUGGACUGGAGGAGGGAGGUUGAGAAAUGAUUAAAACUAUAGAGAUGGAGGGAGAGAGGUAGAGAGUGGAGAGAAUGGUUGAAAGGAUGUGGAUAGAGCAACUGGAUACAGUAAUGGGACUGGGAUAGCUCUGGUCCAGGGUGUUAGCUGAGAAGGCCUAGUGCCAGCAAGCCGCACGUAAAACCCUGGACCAGAGCUAGGACUGGUAUAGAUUCUGCGUUGAUGGUGACGUGCUUUGCUUGCUGUCUGUGUAGGCCAAUGAGACGUUUGCAUUUGUGGGGAACGUGACUCACUACGCCCGGGUGUGGCUCAACAUCUCUGCCCAGCUCAGGACCUACCUGGAGGAGGGCAAGCUGCACCACCACCUGGCCUGGCUACAGCAGGUAACACACAGUAUUCACCUAACUUAAUAAGAUAACGCAUACACAUAAUACAAAGUAUUUUUUGUCCCCCACACAGUACAUUUAUACAGUCCAUAUCUUGCCUGAUAAGCCCAUACGUACACAUACUGGAACAUAAACACAUACACACAUACACAACUUGUUAUAUCCUCCUCUUAAUAGUUGACCUCUGACCUGCGUGGUCACCCAGAGCUGCUGAACGGGACGGACAGUGACCUGCUGCAUGGGCUACUGGAGGGCAACUACACCCUGUCCAACACCUCCACCCUGCUGGAGCAGCUGGACACCAUCGACAACGCAGCCUGCGGCUGGACACACUUCAUGUCCAAGGUCAGUAUCCAUGAGACGAGCCGUUGGUUGUGUCCCAAAUGGCACCCUAUUCACUAUCAAGUGCGCUACUUUUGGUCAGAGCCAAGAGGGAUCUGGCCUAAAGUAGUGCACUGCAGUACAGUAUAUAAGCAAAUAGGAUGGCAUUUCAGACACAGCCUGUAUGUAAUACCAGUGUGCAGGCAGGAUGUACUGUUGACAUGGGUGGUCUGAUUCAGACUGAUACAGGAAGAGCGAUGGUACUUCAUUACAUUGCUCCAGUCCCACAGACAGUGGGCGUACAGUAAUAUAAGCAUUAAGAAUCAGUACCACACAGCAUGCAAAGCUAAAAUCAAAUCAAAUCAAAUGUUAUUGGUCACAUGCGCCGAAUACAACAGGUGCAUGUGGUACAACAGGUGCAGACAUUACAGUGAAAUGCUUACUUACAGCCCUUAACCAACAGUGCAUUUAUUUAUUUUAAAAAAAGUAAAAAUAAAACAACAACAAAAAAAGUGUUGAGAAAAAAAAGAGCAGAAGUAAAAUAAAAUAACAGUAGGGAGGCUAUAUAUACAGGGGGGUACCGUUGCAGAGUCAAUGUGCGGGGGCACCGGCUAGUUGAGGUAGUUGAGGUAAUAUGUACAUGUGGGUAGAGUUAAAGUAACUAUGCAUAAAUAAUUAACAGAGUAGCAGCAGCGUAAAAAGGAUGGGGUGGGGGGGCAGUGCAAAUAGUCCAGGUAGCCAUGAUUAGCUGUUCAGGAGUCUUAUGGCUUGGGGGUAGAAGCUGUUGAGAAGUCUUUUGGACCUAGACUUGGCACUCCGGUACCGCUUGCCGUGCGGUAGCAGAGAGAACAGUCUAUGACUAGGGUGGCUGGAGUCUUUGACAAUUUUGAGGGCCUUCCUCUGACACCGCCUGGUAUAGAGGUCCUGGAUGGCAGGAAGCUUGGCCCCAGUGAUGUACUGGGCCGUAAGCACUACCCUCUGUAGUACCUUGCGGUCGGAGGCCAAGCAGUUGCCAUACCAGGCGGUGAUGCAACCAGUCAGGAUGCUCUCGAUGGUGCAGCUGUAGAAUUUUUUGAGGAUCUGAGGACCCAUGCCAAAUCUUUUCAGUCUCCUGUGGAAUAGGCUUUGUCGUGCCCUCUUCACGACUGUCUUGGUGUGUUUGGACCAUGAUAGUUUGUUGGUGAUGUGGACACCAAGGAACUUGAAGCUCUCAACCUGUUCCACUACAGCCCCGUCGAUGAGAAUGGGGGCGUGCUCAGUCCUCUUUUUUUUCCUGUAGUCCACAAUCAUCUCCUUUGUCUUGGUCACGUUGAGGGAGAGGUUGUUGUCCUGGCACCACACGGCCAGGUCUCUGACCUCCUCCCUAUAGGCUGUCUCAUCGUUGUCGGUGAUCAGGCCUACCACUGUUGUGUCGUCGGCAAACUUAAUGAUGGUGUUGGAGUCGUGCCUGGCCAUGCAGUCAUGGGUGAACAGAGAGUACAGGAGGGGACUGAGCACGCACCCCUGAGGGGCCCCCGUGUUGAGGAUCAGUGUGGCAGAUGUGUUGUUACCUACCCUUACCACCUGGGGGCGGCCCGUCAGGAAGUCCAGGAUCCAGUUGCAGAGGGAGGUGUUUAGUCCCAGGGUCCUUAGCUUAGUGAUGAGCUUAGAGGGCACUAUGGUGUUGAAUGCUGAGCUGUAGUCAAUGAAUAGCAUUCUCACGUAGGUGUUCCUCUUGUCCAGGUGGGAAAGGGCAGUGUGGAGUGCAAUAGAGAUUGCAUCAUCUGUGGAUCUGUUGGGGCGGUAUGCAAAUUGGAGUGGGUCUAGGGUUUCUGGGAUAAUGCUGUUGAUGUGAGCCAUGACCAGCCUUUCAAAGCACUUCAUGGCUACAGACGUCAGUGCUACGGGUCGGUAGUCAUUUAGGCAGGUUAUCUUAGAGUCCUUGGGCACGGGGACUAUGGUGGUCUGCUUGAAACAUGUUGGUAUUACAGACUCAGUCAGGGACAUGUUGAAAAUGUCAGUGAAGACACUUGCCAGUUGGUCAGCACAUGCUCGGAGUACACGUCCUGGUAAUCCGUCUGGCCCUGCGGCCUUGUGAAUGUUGACCUGCUUAAAAGUCUUACUCACAUCGGCUACGGAGAGCGUGAUCACAUAGUCAUCCGGAACAGCUGGUGCUCUCAUGCAUGCUUCAGUGUUGCUUGCCUCGAAGCGAGCAUAGAAGUGGUUUAGCUCGUCUGGUAGGCUUGUGUCACUGGGCAGCUCGCGGCUGUGCUUCCCUUUGUAGUCUGUAAUAGUUUUCAAGCCCUGCCACAUCCGACGACGAGCAUCAGAGCCAGUGUAGUACGAUUCAAUCUUAGUCCUGUAUUGACUCUUUGCCUAUUUGAUGGUUCGUCGGAGGGCAUAGCGGGAUUUCUUAUAAGCGUCCGGGUUAGAGUCCCGUUCCUUGAAAGCGGCAGCUCUACCCUUUAGCUCAGUGCGGAUGUUUCCUGUAAUCCAUGGCUUCUGGUUGGGGUAUGUACGUACGGUCACUGUGGGGACGACAUCAUCGAUGCACUUAUUGAUGAAGCCAGUGACUGAUGUGGUGUACUCCUCAAUGCUGUCUGAAGAAUCCCGGAACAUGUUCCAGUCUGUGCUAGCAAAACAGUCCUGUAGCUUAGCAUCUGCGUCAUCUGACCACUUUUUUAUUAACCGAGUCACUGGUGCUUCCUGCUUUAGUUUUUGCUUAUAAGCAGGAAUCAGGAGGAUAGAGUUAUGGUCAGAUUUGCCAAAUGGAGGGCGAGGGAGAGCUUUGUAUGCGUCUCUGUGUGUGGAGUAAAGGUGGUCUAGAGUUUUUUUUCCUCUGGUUGCACAUUUAACAUGCUGGUAGAAAUUAGGUAGAACGGAUUUAAGUUUCCCUGCAUUAAAGUCCCCAAGAUUCGUCCCAAAUGCCACCCUAUUCUCUACAUAGUGCACUACUUUUAACCAUAGCCCAUAGGACAGGGACUAUUGUUACCAGUGUUGCAGAUAUAGAUGGUUCCUGUGCUCUUGGCUCCAACCUGUGUGUGUUUGUAUGUCUUUCAGAAGCGAUCAAGGCAGGAGAUUAACUUUCCGUUGACUGCAGGGAAAAUAGAUCAAUCCAAUUUUUUUGUAUUUUUCAUCUUCCUGUUCCAGGUCAGCGUGGAUAUCUUCAAGGGUUUCCCUGAUGAAGACAGCAUCGUCAACUAUACUCUGAACCAAGCCUACCAUGAUAACAUCUCAGUGUUUGCCAGUGAGUACAGUACAGUAACUACUCAAUAGGAGAGACUACUCUAUUUCAUCAUAAGAUAUGAAAACGUAAUUGUCCAUUACAUUUUCACAAAAUGGAAAUGUGUCUUUGGCACUCUGGCUUAACAGUAAAAACAGAUCAUAGAUAAUGGCCAGGCGCAGGGGUCAGAUGGGUAUUACUGAAAGGGCAGCAGCUGUGGCAUGCAGAUAGCCUCCAGUCGGAAAAUAAAUGUCACUUUAUGAGGAAGUAAUGUCAAAGCUAUAGUGUAGAUAUAUAUACACUACCAGUCAAAAGUUUGGACACACCUACUCAUUCAAGGGUUUUUCUUUAUUUUUAAUUUUUUUUACAUUGUACAAUAAUAGUGAAGACAUCAAAACAAUGAAAUAACACAUAUGGAAUCAUGUAGUAACCAAAAAAGUGUUAAACAAAUCAAAGUAUAUUUUAUAUCUGAGAUUCUUCAAAUAGCCACCCUUUGCCUUGAUGAAAUCUUUGCACACUCUUGGCAUUCUCUCAACCAGCUUCAUGAGGAACUCACCUGGAAUGCAUUUCAAUUAACAGGUGUGCCUUCUUAAAAGUUAAUUUGUGGAAUUUCUUUCCUUCUUAACGCGUUUGAGCCAAUCAGUUGUGUUGAGACAAGGUAGGGGGUUAUACAGAAGAUAGCCGUAUCUGGUAAAAGACCAAGUCCAUAUUAUGGCAAGAACAGCUCAAAUAAGCGAGAAGAGAAACGACAGUCCAUCAUUACUUUAAGACAUGAAGGUCAGUCAAUACGGAACAUUUCAAGAACUUUGAACGUUUCUUCAAGUGCAGUCGCAAAAACCAUCAAGCGCUAUGAUGAAACUGGCUCUCAUGAGGUCCGCCACAGGAAUGGAAGACCCAGAGUUACCUCUGCUGCAGGGGAUAAGUUCAUUAGAGUUACCAGCCUCAGAAAUUGCAGCCCAAAUAAAUGCUUCACAGAGUUCAAGUCACAGACACGUCUCAACAUCAACUGUUCAGAGGGGUAAAUCAGGCCUUCAUGGUCGAAUUGCUGCAAAGAAACCAUUACUAAAGGACACCAAUAAGAAGAAGAGACCUGCUUGGGCCAAGCAACAAGAGAAAUGGACAUUAGGUGUGGGUGAACGGAUGAUCUCCACAUGUGUAGUUCCCACCGUAAAGCAUGGAGGAGGAGGUGUGAUGGUGUGGGGGUGCUUUGCUGGUGACACUGUCUGUGAUUUAUUUAGAAUUCAAGGCACAUAUAACCAGCAUGGCUACCACAGCAUUCUGCAGGGAUACACCAUCCCAUCUGGUUUGGGCUUAGUGGGACUAUCAUUUGUUUUUCAACAGGACAUUGACCCAACACACCUCCAGGCUGUGUAAGGGCUAUUUGACCAAGAAGGAGAGUGAUGGAGUGCUGCAUCAUCCACAAUCCCCCGACCUCAACCCAAUUGAGAUGUUUUGAGAUGAGUCGGACGGCAGAGUGAAGGAAAAGCAGCCAACAAGUGCUCAGCAUAUGUGUGAACUCCUUCAAGACUGUUGGACAAUCAUUCCAGGUGAAGCUGGUUGAGAGAAUGCCAAGAGUGCACAAAGCUGUCAUCAUGGCAAAGGGUGGCUAUUUGAAGAAUCUCAAAUGUAAAAUAUAUUUUGAUUUGUUUAGCACUAUUUUGGUUACUACAUGAUUUCAUAUGUGUUAUUUCAUAGUUUUGAUGUCUUCACUGCUAUUCUACAAUGUAGAACAUAGUAAAAAUAAAGAAAAACCCUUAAAUGAGUAGGUGUGUCCAAACAUUUGACUGGUACUGUAACUCGCUUCCAGGUGUGAUAUUCCAGACCAACAGAGAUGGCUCCCUGCCUCCUCAUGUCCUCUAUAAGAUCAGACAGAACUCCAGCUUCACAGAGAAAACCAACGAGAUCCGCCGGGCCUACUGGCGCCCGGGGCCAAAUACAGGGGGAAAGUUCUACUUUCUCUACGGCUUUGUGUGGAUCCAGGGUACGUGACCAGAAUCCUCCAUCUUGACUACUGAAGGGUAAAUGUAGACUGAAAUGUUGCCAGGAUGUUUCUGCUUUAGACAAAUUUAGCCAACUCUAGGCAACACUAAACAAUUGUAUCGAACUCCAGCCAAUUCUAGCCAAAUCUUUCCAACUCUAUCCAAUUCUAUCCAACUCUAUCCAACUCCAGCCAAUUCUAGCCAACUCUAUCCAACUCUAACCAACUCUAGCCAACUCUAGACAACUCUAACCAACACUAGCCAACUCUAUCCAACUCUAUCCAACUAUAUUCAACUCUAGCCAACUCUAUCCAACUCUAUCCAACUCUAGCCAACUCUAGCCAACUCUAGCCAACUUUAUAUCCAACUCUAGCCAACUCUAGCCAACUCUAUCCAAUUCUAGCCAACUCUAGCCAAUUUAACCAACACUAGCCAACUCUAGCCAACUCUAGCCAACUCCAGCCAACUCUAGCCAAUUCUAGCCAACUCUAGCCAAUUCUAGCCAACACUAGCCAACUCUAGCCAACUCUAGCCAACUCUAGCCAACUCUAGCCAACUCUAGCCAAUUCUAGCCAACACUAGCCAACUCUAGCCAACUCUAGCCAACGCUAUCCAACUCUAGCCAACUCUAGCCAACUCUAGCCAACUUUAGACAACUCUAUCCAUCUCUAGCCAACUCUAGCCAACCUAGCUAACACUAGACAACACUAGACAAUUCUAUCCAACUUUUGCCAACUCUAGACAACACAAGACAAUUCUAUCCAACUUUGGCCAACUCUAGACAACUCUAGCACAACUCUAUCCAAUUUAGCCAACUCUAUCAACUCUAGCCAACUCUAGCCAACUCUAUCCAACUCUACCCAACUCUAGCCAACUCUAGCCAACUCUAGCCAACUCUAGCCAAUUCUAGCCAACUCUAUCCAACUCUAGCCAACUCUAGCCAACUCUAUCCAACUCUAUCCAACUCUAGCCAACUCUAGCCAACUCUAGUCCAACUCCAGCCAAUUUCGCAACUCUAGCCAACUCUAUCCAACUCUAGCCAACUCUAGCCAACUCUAGCCAACUCUAGCCAACUCUAGCCAACUCUAUAUCCAACUCUAUCCAACUCUAGCCAACUCUAUCCAACUCUAGCCAACUCUAUCCAAUCUAGCCAACUCUAGCCAAUUUUAGCCAACACUAGCCAACUCUAGCCAACUACAACUUUAUGCCAAUCUACAACCUAGCAUUAGACACACUCUAGCCAACUCUACCAACUCUAGCCAACUCUAUCCAACUCUAGCCAAUUAGCCAACCUAGCCAACCUAGCCAACUCUAGCAACCUAGCCAACUCUAGCCAACUCUAGCCAACUCUAGCCAAUUUAACAACCACAUCUCUAGCCAACUCUAGCCAAACUCUACAAGCCAAACUCUAGCAACUCUAUCCAACUUGCCAACUCUAGCCAACUCUAGCCAAUUCUAUAAUGCCAACUCUAGCCAACUCUAGCCAACUCUACCAUUAGCCAACUCUACCAACUAGCACUUUAGCCAACUCUAUCCAACUCUAUCCAACUCUAGCCAACUCUAGCCAACUAGCAACCAGACCAAUUCUAGCCAACUAGCCAACUCUAGCAACUACAACUCUACAACUAGCCAACUCUAAUCCAACUCUAGCCAACUCUAUCCAAUUCUAGCCAACUCUAGCCAUUAGCCAACUUAGCCAACUCUAUCCACUCAUCCAACUCUAGCCAACUCUAGCCAACUAGCAACUAGCCAACUUAGCCAAUCAUCUCAGCCAACUCUAGCCAACACUAGCCAACUCUAUCCAACUUUUGCCAACUCAUCAACUCUAGCCAACUAGCCAAUUCCAAUUCUACCAACUCUAGCCAAUUAGCCAACUCUAGCCAACUCUAGCCAACUCUAUCCAAUUCUAGCCAACUCUAGCCAACUCUAGCCAACUUUAGCCAACACUCUAUCCAACUCAUUACCAACUCUAGCCAACUCUAGCCAACUUUCUCAAGCCAACUCUAGCCAAUUUAGCCAACCUAGCAAUCUAGCACUCUAGCCAACUCAACUCUAGCCAACUCUAGCCAACCUACCAACUCUAUCCAACUCUAGCCAACUCUAUGCCAAUCUCUAGCCAACUCUAGCCAACUCUAGCCAACUACUAGCCAACUCUAGCCAACUCUAGCCAACUCUAGCCAACUCUAGCCAACUCUAGCCAACCUAGCCAACCUAGCAAUCUAUCCAUCUAGCCAACUUAGCACACUCUAGCAAAUCUAGACAAUCUAUCCAACUUUGCCAACCUAGCCAAACUCUAUCCAAUCUAGCCAACACAUGCUUAUCCAAUUCUAGCCAACUUAGCCAACUACUUAGCCAACUCUAUCAACUAAUUCCACUCUAGCCAACUCUAGCCAAGUUUUAGCCAACUCUAGCCAACUCUAUCCAUGCUAGCCAUUCUAUGGCAUUUGCUUAUAACUUAGCAUCUAGUCAGUAAAAGAACAUAGCAAACUCAUAGCUCUGGAUACUCAAUAGAAUCUACAAAUAUAGCACUUUGCUAACUUACAUACUGCAAAAGUCUGAGCACAUUGUUUGCAAACGUUGUUGUGGUUUUAGCAAUGUUGGAAGCCAUCUGGCAACUUGAUCGUGUAACGCAAACUAGCCAACUUAUCCACUUACCGUCUCUUCACUUUAGCAGGAUAGAACAACUAUAAUUACAAAUACAGACUACAAAGAAUAGACAAUGCAAAACGACUGGCAGUUCCUGAGGUAUCAAAUGUAAUUGUACAAAAAACUAUGUUGUGUUUUAUAGAACAGAAUUUAUUUGAUUGUUCAAACUGUUGUCUGUGCAUCGUAGUGUGUGUAACGUGUUGAUGAGUUUCAUAUCGUUGUUUGGGUUGAUGUGUGUGCGUUGUUGUGUCAUUGUUGUUUUGUUGCUUGGUAGUAAAGAAGACAUCUCAAAACUCAAAGCUGUACUUGUUGUUUCAGCGUUAUCUGCAGGUGAAACUAUAAACAGAAUAUACAUCGACUAUAGACUAUACAUCAACUGCCAAAAGCGGGUUCACUGAGGACACAAUUGUUUUGUCAAAAGUAUUGUUUUGUGGUGUUUUAUUAAGAAAAUGAUUUAUUGUGGUAAACUGCUUAUCCUGGCAAUCCUGAGGUGGGCAACGCCAAACUGCAGAUCCAGCACUUUCUCUCCGACACUCAUCUUUUAUUUAAGAAGCAGGAGAGUAAGAGACAAGCUGCUUAUUUGACACAUAAAGUUAAUACAGAUAAUGCAUGGGAACUGACAUGGCAGUUUGUUGAGCGUAUAUAGAGACAUCCUGGGCUCACCAAGACAAUACAGUUGAUUUAAUCCAGAACAGAUUGAUUUUACCUUUGCAUUGUUAACCACACUGAUAGCCACAUUGCAUCGGGUAGUGUGUUUAGGAUAGAACUUGAUGGAAAGGCUUAUUCACUAAGAGUGGCCCUGUCAUCUCUGCUGCGUCUUGAUGCGUGUACGUGCGCGUGUGUCUUCCUGUCUGCCUGCCUGUGUUUCCUCAGACAUGAUGGAGAGAGCCAUCAUUAACACGUUUGUGGGCCAUGACGUGGUGGAGCCUGGGAACUAUGUUCAGAUGUUCCCCUACCCCUGCUACACCAGAGACGAGUAAGACGUGGAACUCGCUCUAUACACCUCUCCUCUCUUCUCUCUCACGUUCUGUUCAUUCUGUCACUUCUAUUUCUAUGUUAUUCUGAGAUGAUGACUUUGCUUUGUCCCUGUAUAUUAGAUAGAUAGGUAAAUAAUGAAAUAUGUCACACGUCUUCCUUUGGUAGCUACACUAGAGAUGAGUAAGACAUGUUACUGUAUCUAUUCUUUACUCUAAUUUGCUCUCUAUCUCUCUCAGAUCCUGACUCUCAUUUAUGUCCAAAUCCUAAUUUAAGAUGCAUGUGCAUAACUCUCACUGUUAUAAAUAACAUUCAAAUUAUGCAUGGGUUAGGGGAGAGUGGGGUAAGAUGAGAGUUUUUUUUUUUUACAUUCAGCAUCACUCAGUCAAGGGAAAUAUAGAGUAUCAGUCAAAAGUUUGGACACACCUACUCAUUCCAUGGUUUUUCUUUAUUUGUACUAUUUUCUACAUUGUAACUAUGAAAUAACACCUAUGGAAUCAUGUAGUUAAACAAAUAAAAAUAUAUUUUAUAUUUGAGAUUCUUCAAAUAGCCACCCUUUGCCUUGAUGACAGCUUUGCACACUCUUGGCAUUCUCUCAACCAGCUUAAUGAGGUAGUCACCUGGAAUGUAUUUCAAUUAACAGGUGUGCCUUCUUCAAAGUUAAUUUGUGGAAUUUCUUUCCUUCUUAAUGCGUUUGAGACAAUCAGUUGUGUUGUGACAAGGUGUGGGGGUGGGGGGGUAUACAGAAGAUAGCGCUAUUUGGUAAAAGACUAAGUCCAUAUUAUGGCAAGAGCAGCUCAAAUAAGCAAAGAGAAACAACAGUCCAUCAUUGCUUUAAGACAUGAAGUUCAGUCAAUACGGAACAUUUCAAGAACUUUGAAAGUUUCUUCAAGUGAAAUCGCAAAAACCAUCAAGCGCUAUGAUGAAACUGGCUCUCAUGAGGACCGCCACAGAAAUGGAAGACCCAGAGUUACCUAUUCUGCAGAAGAUAAGUUAAUUAGAGUUACCAGCCUCAGAAAUUGCAGCCCAAAUAAAUGCUUCACAGAGUUGAAGUAACAGACACAUCUCAACAUCAACUGUUCAGAGGCGACUGUGUGAAUCAGGCCUUCAUGGUCGAAUUGCUGCAAAUAAACCACUACUAAAGGACACCAAUAAUAAGAAGAGACCUGAUUGGUCCAUGAAACACGAGCAAUGGACAUUAAACCGGUGGAAAUGUGUCCUUUGGUCUGGAGUCCAAAUUGGAGAUUUUUGAUUCCAACCACCGUGUCUUUGUGAGACGCAGUGUGGGUGAACGGAUGAUCUCUGCAUGUGUAUUUCCCACCGUAAAGCAUGGAGGAGGAGGUGUUAUGGUGUGGGGGUGCUUUGCUGGUGACACUGUCUGUGAUUUAUUUAGAAUUCAAGGCACACUUAACCAGAAUGGCUGCCACAGCAUUCUACAGUGAUAUGCCAUCCCAUCUGGUUUGGGCUUAGUGAGACUAUCAUUUGUUUUUCAACAGGACAAUGACCCAACACACCUCCAGGCUGUGUAAGGGCUAUUUGACCAUGAAGCAAAGUGAUGGAGUGCUGCAUCAGAUGACCUGGCCUCCACAAUCCUCUGACCUCAACCCAAUUGAGAUGGUUUGGGAUGAGUCGGACGGCAGAGUGAAGGAAAAGCAGCCAACAAGUGCUCAGCAUAUGUGGGAACUCCUGCAAGACUGUUGGAAAAGCAUUCCAGGUGAAGCUGGUUGAGAGAAUGUCAAGAGUGUGCAAAGCUGUCAUCAAGGCAAAGGGUGGCUAUUUGAAGAAUUUCAAAUAUAAAAUAUAUUUUGAUUUGUUUAACACUUUUUUGUUUAUUACAUGAUUCCAUAUGUGUUAUUUAAAAGUUUUGAUGUCUUCGCUAUUGUUCUACAAUGUAGAAAAUAGUAAAAAUAAAGAAAAACCCUUGAAUGAGUAGGUGCGUCCAAACUUUGGCUGGUAGUGUAGUAUUCUUUCUAACAAAGAUAUCUGCAUAUAUUUCAGGAUGUUGUGUAUCCCUGGACAUAAUCAGAAUUCAUGUAAACAUUGCAGUUUUGAAAAUAUAGCUUGUCCAAAAGGGAUCUCUUGACACAACUUACCCUGUGUAUGGGGUAUGUUGAGCGCGGGACAGGGUAAGUUAAGCCGCCUACACAUUUUUGUACUGAAUUAAAUAUUAUCACUACCUUUUUAAAACCUGCCUAUCUUUAUCUCCAAAACACAAUUCAACACAAUCACAAUCACUUUUUGUCUCUUAAUAAUUUUAAGCAUCUUUUAACACAGGCUGAACACCUAACAAACACUUUGUACUUUUUACUUUACACUUUUAACAUAGGCCAGGCCUUGUUAACUCAUAUCCCAGUGAUAAUGCCCUGACGUAGUGAAUGACCUGCAGAGAACUGGGACCAAAGUAACAAAGCCUACCAUCAGUAACACACUACGCCGCCCGGGACUCAAAUCCUGCAGUGCCAGACGUGUCCCCCUGCUUAAGCCAGUACAUGUCCAGGCCCGUCUGAAGUUUGCUAGAGUGCAUUUGGAUGAUCCAGAAGAGGAUUGGGAGAAUGUCAUAUGGUCAGAUGAAACCAAAAUAGAACUUUUUGGUAAAAACUCAACUCGUCGUGUUUGGAGGACAAAGAAUGCUGAGUUGGGGGUGGAAGCAUCAUGCUUUGGGGCUGUUUUUCUGCAAAGGGACCAGGACGACUGAUCUGUGUAAAGGAAAGAAUGAAUGGGGCCAUGUAUCGUGAGAUUUUGAGUGAAAACCUCCUUCCAUCAGCAAGGGCAUUGAAGAUGAAACGUGGCUGGGUCUUUCAGCAUGACAAUGUUCCCAAACACACCGCCCGGGCAACGAAGGAGUGGCUUCGUAAGAAGCAUUUCAAGGUCCUGGAGUGGCCUAGCCAGUCUCCAGAUCUCAACCCCAUAGAAAAUCUUUGGAGGCAGUUGAAAGUCCGUGUUGCCCAGCGACAGCCCCAAAACAUCACUGCUCUAGAGGAGAUCUGCAUGGAGGAAUGGGCCAAAAUACCAGCAACAGUGUGUGAAAACCUUGUGAAGACUUACAGAAAACGUUUGACCUGUGUCAUUGCCAACAAAGGGUAUAUAACAAAGUAUUGAGAAACUUUUGUUAUUGACCAAAUACUUAUUUUCCACCAUAAUUUGCAAAUAAAUUCAUUAAAAAUCCUACAAUGUGAUUUUCUGGAGAGAAAAAAAUGCUCAUGUUGUCUGUCAUAGUUGACGUGUACCUAUGAUGAAAAUUACAGGCCUCUCUCAUCUUUUUAAGUAGGAGAACUUGCACAAUUGGUGGCUGACUAAAUGCUUUUUUCCCCCACUGUAUAUGACACACAUUGUGCGUGUUCAUUUAUUUUAUACAGUAAUUCAUGUUUCCUCCCCUGAGAUUUGAACUCACAACCUCUUUGUGCAAAGCAUUCGAAUCAUCCUACUACGCUACAAUGUCUGUGUCAAUAACUGAUUUGACCUGUAUUGCUACACUUUGAACUUCUAAGUAAAUAUCAGCAUUGUUAAAAGUACAAUCAAGAAAAACUACUUUUAUUUUAUUUAUCAUAGUGAUUAAGAAGUAACAUUAAAACAGAGUAAUGAAUAUACCCCACCAACAUUAGACAACUAUUCAGAAAAACCUAGCAUUGUGUAGUUAAAUAAGUGAAUCAAAUGAAUGAUGAAAGAAUAGUCAGAUUCAUUGAUAAUUUACACAGCCAUGGUGGCGUAGCAGCAAGAUCAGAAUGCCAUGAACCAAGAGGAUGUGAGUUCAAAUCCUAGGUAAGGACGCGUUGAAGAAUAAUUACUUUAUAAAUAAACAUGCACAAUGUAAUCAUAUGUGUCAAAUAUGUAGGUUGAAAACAUAGUAUGUUAAAAGCACUGUUUGUGUAACCAGUUGCACAGUCUUCUCUUAGUUAAGAUGCCAAAUAAUAAGUUAUAGUUGAAUAAACAAAUGAGAAAGUUGAGCAAACACAUCAUUUUAGAUUUACUGAAUUUUUGCCGAAGUUUUCUCAAGUUGGAGCUAAGUCUGGGUAACACUUGGACCGAAAAGUUGAGUAAAAUAUAAAAAAGGCUGUGGAACCAGUUACUUAAUAAUAAUUAGUUUAAACAUUUAGAUUUGUGGAUUUUUUUUUACAGUGUAUAUUAGCCCACACAGCUUCAAGGAUGCACUUUCAUGCUAGGUUUAGGACCUCAUAUUGAAGCUUAUAGAGACCCCAACUGAUGUAUCGAACAAUCUUAAAAUGAUAUACUUUGAUUUAGAUACAAGCAUCAUGAAACCUCUAGCACAAAAAAUGUAUGGGACCUACAGUGCCUUGGAUUACAACCUGUAAUUUAAGUGGAUUUUUAUUUGGAUUUCAUGUAAUGGACAUUCACAAAAUAGUCCAAAUUGGUGAAGUGAAAUGAAAAAAGAACUUGUUUCAAAAAAUUCUACAAAAUAAAUAACGGAAUAGUGGUGCGUGCAUAUGUAUUCACCCCCUUUGCUAUGAAGACCCUAAAUAAGAUAUGGUGCAACCAAUUACCUUUAGAAUUAGUAAAAUAUAUAAUUAGUUAAAUAUAGUCCACCUAUGUGCAAUCUAUGUGUCACAUGAUCUCAGUAUGUAUACACAUGUUCUGAAAGGCCCCAGAGUCUGCAACACCACUAAGCAAGGGGCACCACCAAGCAAGCGGCACCAUGAAGACCAAUGAGCUCUCCAAACAGGUCAGGGACAAAGUUGUGGAGAAGUAUAGAUCAGGGUUGGGUUAUAAAAUAAUAUCUGAAACGUUGAACAUCCCACGGAGCACCAUUAAAUCCAUUAUAAAAAAAUGGAAAGAAUAUGGCACCACAACAAACCUGCCAAGCGAGGGCCGCCCACCAAAACUCACGGACCAGGCAAGGAGGGCGUUAAUCAGAGAGGCAACAAAGAGACCAAACAAAGGCAACAAAGAGACCCUGAAGGACCUGCAAAGUUCCACAGUGGAGAUUGGAAUAUCUGUCCAUAGGACUACUUUAAGCCGUACACUCCACAGAGCUGGGCUUUACGGAAGAGUUGCCAGAAAUAAGCCAUUGCUUAAAGAAAGAAAUAACCCAACACGUUUGAUGUUCGCCAAAAGACAUGUGGGAGACUCCCCAAACAUAUGGAAGAAGGUACUCUGUUCAGAUGACACUAAAUACAGGGAAAUUAUUGAGGGAAACCUGUUUCAGUCUUCCAGAGAUUUGAGACUAGGACAGAGGUUCACCUUCAAGCAGGACAAUGACCCUAAGCAUACUGCUAAAGCAUCACUCGAGUGGUUUAAGGGGAAACAUUUAAAUGUCUUGGAAUGGCCUAGUCAAAGCCCAGACCUCAAUCCAAUUGAGAAUCUGUGGUAUGACUUAAAGAUUGCUGUACACCAGCAGAACCCAUCCAACUUGAAGGAGCUGGAGCAGUCUUUCCUUGAAGAAUGGGCAAAAAAUCCCAGUGGCUAUAUGUGCCAAGCUUAUAGAGACAUACCCCAAGAGACUUGCAGCUGUAAUUGCUGCAAAAGGUGGCUCUACAAAGUAUUGACUUUGGGGGAGUGAAUAAUUAUGCAUGCUCAAGUUUUCUGUUUUUCUGUCUUAUUUCUUGUUUGUUUCACAAUAAAAAAUAUUUUGCAUCUUCAAAGUGGUAGGCAUGUUGUGUAAAUCAAAUGUUACAAACCCCACAAAAAUCCAAUUUUAAUUCCAAGUUGUAAGGCAACAAAAUAGGAAAAAUGCCAAGGGGGGUGAAUACUUUUGCAAGCCACUGUAACUUGCUUACCACUUUUUCCAUAUGGUUUCUUCCUUUGCAGACUCCAUGAAAUGAUGACCUCUUCCUAAAUAUUUGGUCAAAUUAUACAUUUUGUGUAUGGUUUCUUAGAAACAAGGGGUGGCGCAACUGACCCAUUGGCUCAACUUACCCCUCUCUCAACUUACCCCACUCUCCCCUAUGUUUUCCUUCCUUUGGUAGUAUUUUCUCUCCCUGCUUUAACCUAUGAUUUGUCAUUAAUAAACUUCCUGUCAUGGGUCCACAGCUUCCUGUUUGUGAUUGAGCACAUGAUGCCUCUGUGCAUGGUGAUCUCCUGGGUGUACUCUGUAGCCAUGAUGAUCCAACACAUCGUGGCUGAGAAGGAGCACCGGCUCAAAGAGGUGAGACUGCAGCUGCUUACCUGUCUACCUGUGGUGGCUGUUGGCACUUUAAAUUAGAGGACGGGCUCAUGAAAAUGUCUGGAAUGGAAUUAAUUGCACGGUAUCAAACACAUCCAACACGCAUGUUUAAUACCAUUCCAUUUACUCCAUUCCAAACAAUAUAAUGAUCCAUUAUCCCUUCACCAACCCCCACUGCUGUCUACACUAGGAUCUCAGAGUCCUGUCCUGUGUCUGUCUGUGACAUCAUUAAUGCCAUCUUCUCUCUGCCAUGUCUUUUGGCACCCUGUAGCAGGAUGAUGUCACUCAUAUUUACUACCUCUCUUCUGCCCCCUGUCGGAAAAAUACUGAUUUCAAUCAAAUAGAAAUCUCAAACUUGAAAUUUGUAUGAUAUGUUUUUCAGAAUAUUUAGAAUAUUUACAUGAUUGUAUUAUUUUGUUUGAUAUGUGGAGGGUUUUAAAUCCCAUCCUCAUUCAUAUCAGUGCAUGUAAGACUAAAAAAGAGGAUUCACCUCUUCCGGUAACCUGUGUACUGCCUGCAGGUGAUGAAGAUGAUGGGACUGAACAACGCGGUCCACUGGGUGGCCUGGUUCAUCACUGGCUUCGUCCAGCUGUCCAUCUCCGUGACCGCCCUGACGGCCAUCUUGAAGUAUGGCAGAGUGCUCCUCCACAGCGACAUCUUCAUAAUCUGGCUCUUCCUCUCCAUCUACGCCAUUGCAACCAUCAUGUUCUGGUAAUCAAAUCAAAUCAAACCAAAUUGUAUUGUAUUGGUCACAUGCACAUAUUUAGCAGAUGUUAUUGUGGGUGUAGCGAAAUGCUUGUGUUUCUAGCUCCAACAGUGCAGUAGUAUCUAACGAUUCACAACAAUACACACAAAUCUAAAAGUAAAAGAAUGGAAUUAAGAAAUAUAUAAAUAUUAGGACAAGCAAUGUCGGAAUGGCAUUGACUAAAAUACAGUAGAAUAUAAUACAGUAUAUACAUAUGAAAUGAGUAAAGCAGUAUGUAAACAUUACUAAAGUGACUAGUGUUCCAUUAUUAAAGUGGCCAGUGAUUCCAAGUCUAUGUAUAUAGGGCAGCAGGGUUGUGUAACUGGGUGGAAGCCGGCUAGUGAUGGCUAUUUAACAGUCUGAUGGCCUUGAGAUAGAAGCUGUUUUUCAGUCUCUCGGUCCCUGCUUUGAUGCACCUCUACUGACCUCGCCUUCUGGAUGAUAGCGGGUUGAACAGGCCGUGGCUCGGGUGGUUGAUGUCCUUGAUGAUCUUUUUGGCCUUCCUUUGACAUCGGGUGCUGUAGGUGUCCUGGAGGGCUGGUAGUUUGCCGCCGGUGAUGCGUUGGGCAGACUUCACCACCCUCUGGAGAGCCCUGCGGUUGCGGGCGGUGUUGUUGCUGUACCGGGCGGUGCAGUUGCCGUACCAGGCGGUGAUACAGCCCGACAGGAUGCUCUCAGUGAUGACACUGCUACCGCUCUGAUGUUAGUCUAGUAAACAUCAUGAGUGGACGCACACCCAAAAUAGUAGGAUAGGCGGAGCUAGGGUCUCAGCACAGAGGGAGCGGGGCUCUGUCAAGGGGCCCUUCUCAACAAAUCAUUUUAAAUAUCAAUAGCUGAUAUGAUCUAUCAUAAACUCAAAUUAGGCAUCAUCACAUAUCACAUAUUGAGCCAAGCAAGCUAUUUCCAAGAAAACAUACAGAGAUAUAGUGUACCACUUUGCCUGUUUUGGAAGACAAAAAAAAAGACAAAGUGUUGGCAAACCUGAGGUUUGGCCUCAUUCAUGCAUUCACUGAAAUAGCUCUUCAGGCGGCUGGAACUUCGCUCUGCACUAAUUUGAAGGCGUGUCCACAUACUAUUGUAUAUAUAGUGUACAUUGGUGGCAUCAUUGGUAGCCUUUCCAACAAGUACGUUUGUCAAAUUCUUUGCCCUACUAGAGCUGCCCCGGUCAACUGUAAGUGCUGUUAUUGUGAAGUGGAAACGCCCCGGUCAAUUGUAAGUGAUGUUAUUGUGAAGUGGAAACGUCGGUUGGACUGGUGUAAAGCUUGCGGCCAUUGGACUCUGGAGCAGUGGAAACGCGUUCUCUGGAGUGAUGACUCACACUUCACCAUCUGGCAGUCCGACGGACGAAUCUGUGGUUGGCAGAUGUCAGGAGAAUGCUACCUGCCCCAAUGCAUAGUGCCAUCUGUAAAGUUUGGUGGAGGAGGAAUAAUGGUCUGGGGCUGUUUUACAUGGUUCGGGCUAGACUCCUUAGUUCCAGUGAAGAGAAAUCUUAACAAUGACAUUAUAGACGUUUCUGUGCUUCUAACUUUGUGGCAAAAGUUUGGGGAAGGCCCUUUCCUGUUGCAGCAUGACAAAUCUCCCGUGCACAAAGUGAGGUCCAUACAGAAAUGGUUUGUCGAGAUCGGUGUGGAAGAACUUGACUGGCCUGCACAGAGCUCUGACCUCAACCCCAUUGAACAUCUUUGGGAUGAAUAGGAACGCCGACUGCGAGCCAGGCCUAAUCACCCAACAUCAGUGCCAGACCUCACUAAUGCUCUUGUGGCUGAAUGGAAGCAAGUCCCUGAAGCAAUGUGGAAAGCCUUCCCAGAAGAGUGGAGGCUGUUAUAGCAGCAAAGGGGGGACCAACUUCAUAUUAAUGCCCAUAAUUUUGGAAUUAGAUGUUCAACGAGCAGGUGUCCACAUACAUCUGGUCAUGUAGUGUAGAUACUUUUAACUUGUCCCAGAUAGAAGUUGCCAUGGACUUAGGCUUACCUUCCAGAAAUCCUAACCAUUAUUGGGGGAAAUGUGAAACUGAUCGUAGACCAGUCUCUCUCUUGCUCUCUCUCUCAUCUCUCUCUCUCUCUCUCUCUCUCUCUCUCUCUCUCUCUCUCUCUCUCUCUCUCUCUCUCUCUCUCUCUCUCUCUCUCUCUCUCUCUCUCUGUGUGUGAUGUCAGAGCAGCAGUGACUGCACACACAUUCAUGAUGUUAGAGAUCUAAUGAAUCACUAUGAGUCACCGUGAUAUUUAGCGGCUGAUUUGAUAAAAGCAGUUACACUCAGUUUCACUUGUCAACGUUCGACUUCAGUUUUGUGAGGAACGUGUUACUUCGAAAUGCUAUCUCCUUAAUGUAUCAGACAGACAGUGACUCAGCUCCUUUGCUAAACGCGUAUGGUCUGUAUAUGCUUAGGCUGUCUUACAAAUAGCACCCUAUUCCCUUUAUAGUGCACUAAUUUUGACCGUGGUCCAUAGAGCUCUGGUAAAAGGUAUUACACUAUAUAGGGAAUAGGCUACCAUUUGGGACAAACUCAAUAUGCUUACAGUAUUUUACUCCUGUUUGUCUGUCUGUGUCCCGUGUGUUUGUGUCAGUUUCCUGGUGUCAGUGAUAUACUCCAAAGCCAAGCUGGCGUCUGCCUGUGGUGGGAUCAUCUACUUCCUUAGCUACGUCCCCUACAUGUACGUGGCCAUCAGGGAGGAGGUGGCCCAUGACAAGAUCACCGCCUUUGAGAAGUGCAUCGCUGUAAGACUUGGCCUCUGUUCUCUUAUUUUUGUUAGUCACACGCUGUGCCCAUGUCUAGCCUGAGUCUGGACAAAUUCAAUGAGAGAAACAUCCCUCCAGGCUCACGGCCAGAUUUAGUUAUUUGUCUUUUUCACUGCAUCAGAUGACCUGUUUCCAGGUGUGUAUAGGCAUAUCAAAAUGUAUUUAAUCAUAAUGAGUAAAAGCUAAGAAGGAUGAAACAAAGCUUCAAGAGUUGUGAAUUGAUAAAUUCAAUGAUAUUCUCUGACACGACCGGUCUGAAUCAGUGAGCUCUGGAAAGACAUUGAUCUUCACACAUGUCAAUAGCUCUUAACACGUUGUCUGUUGUCUGUUGUCUGUUGUCUUUAUUCUCAUUUGCUCCUCUCUCGCCAGUCUCUGAUGUCGACCACAGCGUUCGGCCUGGGCUCAAGGUAUUUUGCCCUGUACGAGGUGUCAGGAGUUGGUAUCCAGUGGCGCACCAUCAACCAGUCGCCUGUAGAGGGUGAUGACUUCAACCUUGGUCUGUCCAUGAUGAUGCUCAUCAUCGAUGCCAUUGUGUAUGGAGUACUCACCUGGUACAUAGAGGCUGUGCAUCCAGGUAAACAACCAACAGCCAAUAUGGAUUUCCAUAUUUCAAGUCUUUGGCUGCACACUUAAAUCCCUCACCUUUUGUGUCCCCGUUUUGUCACUUAUGUUUAUGGAAGCAAUUGUGCUGAACCCCAAAUGGAACCCUAUAGAGAGCAAUAGUAAUGAUGUCUUUUUGUAGGCACUAAAGGUGUCCGCAUACUGUACAUAGAUUUGGUUUGCUCCUAACAAAACUCGGCUAAGCGAAGCGAACGUCUGUGCUCGCAUACUCUCUAAAGACCUUCGCUUGAAAAAUUUGAAAAUCUGACAUUUUUAUUGUUAUUCUUUGGGGGUUAGAUCAGCUUUCAUAUUGCAGAUAGAUUGUAGCUUCUAUCAAUGUAAUUGUUUGCAUCAUUUCCAAUCCCCAAUAUUUUUUCUGUAAAUAUAUAUAUAUAAUGUACCAGUCAAAAGUUUGGACACACCUACUCAUUCAAGGGUUUUUCUUUAUUUUAACUAUUUUCUACAUUGUAGAAUAAUAGUGAAGACAUCAAAACUAUGAAAUAACACAUAUGGAAUCAUGUAGUAACCCAAAAAGUGUUAAACAAAUCAAAAUAUAUUUUAUAUUUGAGAUUCUUCAAAGUAGCCACCCUUUGCCUUGAUGACAGCUUUACACACUCUUGGCAUUCUCUCAACCAGCUUCACCUGGAAUGUUUUUCCAACAAUCUUGAAGGAGUUCCCACAUAUUCUAAGCACUUGUUUGCUGUUUUUCCUUCACUCUGCGGUCCAACUCAUCCCAAACCAUCUCAAUUGAGUUGAGGUCGGGGGAUGGUGGAGGCCAGGUCAUCUGAUGCAGUACUCCAUCACUCUCCUUCUUGGUCAAAUAGCCCUUACACAGCCUGGAGGUGUGUUGGGUCAUUGUCCUGUUGAAAAACAAAUGAUUGUCCCACUAAGGCUAAACCAGAUGGAAUGGCGUAUCACUGCAGAAUGCUGUGGUAGCCAUGCUGGUUAAGUGUGCCUUGAAUUCUAAAUAAAUCACAGACAGUGUCACCAGCAAAGCACCCCAACACCAUAACACCUCUUCCUCCAUGCUUCACGGUGGGAACUACACAUGCGGAGAUCAUCCGUUCAUCUACACUGCAUCUCACAAAGACACAGCGGUUGGAACCCAAAAUCUCCAAUUUGCACUCCAGACCAAACGACAGAUUUCCACCAAUAUAAUGUACAUUGCUCGUGUUUCUUGGCCCAAGCAAGUCUCUUCUUAAUAUUGAUGUCCUUUGCAGCAAUUCGACCAUGAAGGCCUGAUUCACGCAGUCUCCUCUGAACAGUUGAUGUUGAGAUGUGUCUGUUACUUGAACUCUGUGAAGCACUUAUUUGGGCUGCAAUUUCUGAGGCUGGUAGCUCUAAUGAACUUAUCCUCUUCAGCAGAGGUAACUCUGGGUCUUACUACAUGAUUGCAUAUGUGUUAUUUCAUAGUUUUGAUGUCUUCACUAUUAUUCUACAAUGUAGAAAAUAGUUAAAAUAAAGAAAAGCCCUGGAAUGAGUAGGUGUGUCCAAACCUUUGACUGGUACUGUACAUAUAUAUAAAUAUAUAUUCCCCUAACCUGCCACCCCUCCCCUAAUUGUAGUAAAUUAAUGGACAGCACCACUUAGGCUUCUCCUUCCAGCUUAUACAUAAUAUAUACAUUUUACGGACACUAUGUAUUUUACAAUAGUUAUCUUUGUUUGUUUUUAAUCCCAUCAUUCAGCUACCCUUAACCCCUCCCAUUUAUCUCUUAAAACCAUCAGUUUUUUAUUUAUAUUUGCCAUAUAUUUUUCAACUGUGCUGUGAUGUUUCACAAAAGUUAUAUUCUCAUAGUUUCUACAGAUUGUAAAUUAAAGAUACAUAUUUUUGCUAAAAGUAUUAUUAUAUUAUUGAUCGAUUGACUAUAACUUUUCAAAUCACCCAGCAGUGCUAUUUGCAGUGCUAGCUCCAGGUAAAUGUUGCAAUUCUUCAGCCAUUCCUGGACCUGUGACCAAAAACAAACUACAUAUGGACAGUACCAAAACAAAUAAAAUGCAAAUUAAUUACUUAAAAAUCAUACAAUGUGAUUUUCUGGAUUUUUGUUUUAGAUUCCGUCUCUCACAGUUGAAGUGUACCUAUGAUAAAAAUUACAGACCUCUACAUGCUUUGUAAGUAGGAAAACCUGCAAAAUCGGCAGUGUAUCAAAUACUUGUUCUCCCCACUGUAGAUGCUCAGAAUAAAUUAGAGGAAAAACAAAAAGAAAUGGAGAAACUUAUUCAAGAAAAAUCAAGUGUAAUAUAUUAUAAAAAUAAAGCAAACUGGAUGGAAUAUGGGGAAAAAUGCACCAAAUUCUUUUUUAAUCUUCAACAUAGGAAUGCUACCAAAAAUAAUUUAAUGAAACUGGUUACAAUUGACGGACUAACCCAUGAUUCACCAAAUGAUAUUUUACAUUUACAUUUUAGUCAUUAGCAGACACUCUUAUCCAGAGUGACUUACAGUUAGUGAGUGCAUACAUUAUUAUUUUUAUUUUUAUUAUUUUUUAUUUUUUCAUACUGGCCCCCCGUGGGAUUCGAACCCACAACCCUGGCGUUGCAAACGCCAUGCUCUACCAACUGAGCAACAUCCUUGAAGGAGGAAACAAAGUACUUUAAGCAUGUUUUCAUUUCAGUCGCCUCCAUCUCCUCUAACUGAAGCUAAUUGUAGAGAUUUCUUUUCUAUUGAUAAUGUAAAAUUAACAGCCAAACAGAAAGACUCAUGUGAAGGUGAAAUUACAGAGGAGGAACUUCUGGAUGCAAUUAAAGACUUUAAGUCAGGGAAAACUCCAGGGUUGGAUGGCAUACCAGUCGAAGUAUACCAAAACCUUUUGGAUAUACUAAGAGGACCGUUAUUAGCAUGUUUUAACCACUCCAAUGUAAAUGGUAGAUUAUCUGACACUCAAGAAGAAGGUCUGAUCUCAUUAUUACUGAAACAGGAUACAAGUGGAAAAUAUAAAGAUCCAGUCCAUUAAAAAAAUUGGAGACCCCUUACACUUCAGUGUUGUCAUUCAAAAAUUCUAGCAAAAUGUAUAGUGCAUAGAAUUAAAAAGGUAUUGUCUGAUAUUAUUAAUUCUAAUCAGACAGGUUUUUUUUACAUGGAAGAUACAUUGGAGAUAAUAUAAGGCAAGUAUUGGAAACUAUAGAACACUAUGGAAAAUCUGGGAAACCAGGCCUGCUAUUCAUAGCAGACUUCGAAAAGGCAUUUGAUAAAGUACGACUGAUGUUUAUAUGUAAAUGCCUGGAACAUUUCGAUUUUGGAGAAUCUCUUAUAAAAUGGGUCAAAACCAUGUAUAGUAACCCUAGGUGUAAAAUAGUAAAUAAUGGCUAUUUCUCCGAAAGUUUUAAACUGUGAAGAUGAGUGAAUCAAGGUUGUCCACUAUCGGCAUAUCUAUUUAUUGUGGCCAUCGAGAUGUUAGCUAUUAAAAUCAGAUCCAACAAUAAUAUCAGGGGAUUAGAAAUCCAGGGCUUAAAAACAAAGGUGUCAUUGUACGCUGAUGAUUCAUGUUUUCUUUUAAAUCCACAACUAGAAUCCAUCCACUGCCUCAUAGAGGAUCUAGAUACAUUUUCUAACCUCUCUGGAUUACAAACAAAUUAUGACAAAUCACUAAAAAAUACAAUUUUUACAUUACCAUGUAGUUUACCAAUAAAAUGGUCUGAUGGUGAUGUGGAUAUACUCGGAAGAAAGUUAGCAAAAAUAGAUAAGAUACCAUGGAAAGGUAGAUGACCUGUCAAUUUGUGGAAAAAUCACCCUGAUUAACUCUUUAGUAUUAUCCCAGUUUACCUAUUUGCUUAUGGUCUUGCCUAUGCCUAGCGAACAGUUUUUUAAAUUAUAUGAGAAAAAAAGGAUUGUAAGCAGGUGAGCUCUAUUCCUUAUGGGUCCUGUUCAAAGUAGUACUGGUCAAGUAGUGGUCUGACUCUCCUCCAGGGAUGUAUGGGCUGCCUCGGCCGUGGUACUUCCCCCUGCAGAAGUCCUAUUGGCUGGGCAGUGGGCGUGUGGAGACGUGGGAUUGGCCUUGGGGAGGAGCAGCCAGGCUGAGUGUCAUGGAAGAGGACCAGGCGUGUGCCAUGGAACACCGGCGAUCUGGUAAGCCAAGCGGCAGCCUGACCUCUGACAACCAGCGAUCUGGUAAGCCCUACCAGAUGUUUGUAUUGAACUUUUAGGAACAAGAGUAUGUCUGUUUUAAUCUGUUGUCACCUCUGUCAGUGGCUUGCCGCAUGGACAAAAAUGUUUAUCAGUUUACACGUGUGAAACUGAAAUUGGUUCAGGUUCUGCCCGUGUUCUGUGACAAUGCCUGUAUCCUCUCUCACUCUCUCUCUCAAUUUAAUUUAAUUUAAGGGCUUUAUUGGCAUGGGAAACAUAUGUUUACAUUGCCAAAGCAACUGAAAUAGAUAAUAAACAAAACUGAAAUAAACAAUGGAAAAAUGAACAGUAAACAUUACACUCAGAAGUAUCAAACAAAUAGACACAUUUCAAAUGUCAUAUUAUCUCUCUCUGUAUCUUUCUACCUCCCUCCAGAGGAGAUGCGUGGUAUGGAAGAGGAGCCCAGCCACCUGCCCCUGGUGGUGUGUAUAGACAAGCUGACCAAGAUCUACAAGACGGGCAAUAAGCUGGCCCUCAACAAGCUAAGCCUCAACCUCCACGAGAACCAGGUGGUGUCCUUCCUGGGCCAUAACGGAGCCGGCAAGACAACCACCAUGUGAGAGGGAUAAAUGUGUAUGUGCCCACGUGUGUUAGAGGGUCCCAGUCAUUUCUGUUGUUGUGUUGUGUUUACGUGUGGAUUCACAGAAGGAGACAGAGAGGUUUGUGUUGUAUGUUUUGGUAAGACUGUGUUUGAAGGGCUAUUCAUCAACCGCUUAUGAACUAUUAUUUAAUAGUCUGUGAUGAACAUAGGCGAACUAUUUUUUAAAGAUGUUCAUGUAAUGAUGAAUUAAAAACAGGCCGUACAUAAUGUUGGCUAUAACAUCACCAUAACUUUCCCAUAAUCUUUCCAUAACAUUCCCAUAACAUCCCCCAUAACGUCCACAAAAUGGCCUUCAAAUACAGUGUCACCUUUGUUUUCUGUGUCCAUUUCUUCCUUCUAUAACUAACCCUAUCAAUAACUACCAUUAGUUUUCUGCUACCAUCCCCAGGUCUAUUCUGACAGGUCUGUUCCCGCCCACCUCGGGCUCAGCCACCAUCUACGGUCAUGACAUCCGUACUGACAUGGAGCGUAUCAGGCAGAACCUGGGUAUGUGUCCCCAGCACAACGUGCUCUUUGACAAGCUCAGUGUGGAGGAGCACCUGUGGUUCUACUCUAAACUCAAAGGCAUGGCCGAGGAAGACAUCCGCAAGGAGAUGGACAAGUAUGUCACAUCCCAUUUUUAUGGUUUAACCAAAUUAAAGACCCUAAGGUGUUAAACUAUCAACAUGGCUUUAGAUAGAUUAGGAUAAAAGCUCACCUCUUCAUGUUGAAGGGUAGAGAUGGUAUAUAUAAUUACAGCAAGGGCGAAAUUGUGGUGUAGAAUUUGGGGGGGACGAACAGUAGACGGGGGGUCCUGGGGUCCUCCCCCGUAAUUUCUGAGACAUUUAAAAACGCAUUUCCUGCAAUUCUUGACAUGACUCAUUAUACCUCUGUUGUUGGUUAUUCUGAAGUGUAAGUGGAAGGAUAAGUCGUUACCAUCAUUAUUUCAAGGCAAAUAUUAAUAAGACACAAAAGAUGAAGACUGAGUUUUAUUAUAGUUAGAGUACACCUACCUUGUGCCCAGUCCAUAUUUAAAAAUAAAUAUAUAAUAAUUGAGUGUGAACAUACCAUGGACAAAGACUGACACUUGUGUCGUUGAAUGUUGAUCCCGACUCCCGAGUCUGUCUCCCGACCGUAUUCUGUCAGCAUCCACUCGGUCAUUAUGAAAGUGUUUAUUCUAACGACAGAAGCGCAGACGAUGUAAUACUGUUUUGGUGCUUUCGUUUUAGCCUGCCAGUGGUGCUGGGUCUCGUUAAACUUGAUGGAGCAGCCCCCCAAAAAUAUUCCAGCCAACGAAAAAAAUAGAAUGAUUCAAUCUGAGCAGCCCUCUGACCCGAUAAGAAUGUGGGAGGGGUCACCAAAGGUGGCCAAUCAUAUUUCAGGGGGGUCUGGUGCCAACCCCCCCUCGUACCACCCCUGACAGAAAUAUGUGGGGGAGGGGCUUGAAUAGACAGUGCAGCUGAGCAGAGGAGAUGCAUUUGGGACCCCGGAAAACAGCUAACUUCCUGCAUUUCAACACAUUUUGACAUGGGGCAGAGAGAAUUCUUGCAGUUUUAAAGCUAAUUUCCUGCAAUUCUACACAUUUUGCCAUGGGGAAGAGAGAGAAAUGUGCUUUUUCAUAGGUCAUCUCAUGCAGUCUAAACAUUUUGCCACCCUCCCAUCCCCAUGGCAAUUUUGCCUAUGAAAUACGGGUGCCAGCAGUGGUAACUAAUUAUACCUAUCCACAGCUCAAAAUAAUGUAAAUGACUAAAUGUUGUGUUUGUGUUGUCAGGAUGAUCGAGGAUCUGGAGCUGAGUAAUAAACGGCACAGCCUGGUCCAGACUCUGUCUGGAGGAAUGAAGCGGAAACUGUCUGUAGCCAUAGCGUUUGUGGGCGGCUCCCGGGCAGUCAUCCUGGAUGAGCCCACGGCAGGGGUAGAUCCUUACGCACGCAGAGCCAUCUGGGACCUCAUCCUCAAGUACAAACAGGGUGAGACAUGGGUCAACCACACACACUAACCCUAACCCUCACACAUUAGCACUCACAACAGGGUGAGACAUGGGUCAACCACACACACUAACCCUAACCCUCACACAUUAGCACUCACAACAGGAUGAGACAUGGGUCAACCACACACACUAACCUUAACCCUCACACAUUAGCACUCACAACAGGGUGAGACAUCAAAUCAAAAUCAAAUCAAAUUUUAUUUGUCACAUGGGCCGAAUACAACAGGUGAAAUGUCAACCUCACACACUACAGUGCACUACUCUUGACCUAGUGUAACCCUGUUCCCUAUACAGUGCACUACUUUUGACCUGGUGUAACCCUGUUCCCUACACAGUGCCCAUAAGGUCCAGUCAAAACUUCUCACACUAACACUCAAAAAACAAUGCAUUGAUAAAUUUUUAUGUACAUUGAAAGUACCUUUUUUUAACUGUGUUUCUAGGCCGUACCAUCCUGCUGUCCACCCACCACAUGGAUGAGGCUGACCUGCUUGGAGACCGCAUAGCUAUCAUCUCCCAUGGAAAACUCAAGUGCUGUGGCUCACCACUCUUUCUCAAGAGCACCUACGGAGACGGCUACAAACUCACCCUGGUCAAGAAACAGAGUGAGAGUGGCGGUGGGUCUUUCUUUCCUCGUGUGUGUGUUUGUCUUUUGUAUUUUUCACUAGCUGUCAGAUGUUUUCACUUUCUCUAUCCAAGUCUUUGUACAUUUAGAGGAGAGUGGGGUAAGUUGAGCCAUUUUUUACAUUCAGCAUCACUCCUUCAAGGGAAAUAUAGAAUUCUUUCUAACAAAGAUAUCUACAUACAGUUGAAGUCAGAAGUUUACAUAUACCUUAGCCAAAUACAUUUAAACUCAGUUUUUCACAGUUCCUAACAUUUAAUCCUAGUAAAAAUUCCCUGUCUUAGGUCAGUUAGGAUCACCACUUUUUUUUAGAAUGUGAAAUGUCAGAAUAAUAGUAGAGAGAAUGAUUUAUUUCAGCUUUUAUUUAUUUCAUUACAUUCCCAGUGGGUCAGAAGUUUACAUACACUCAAUUAGUAUUUGGUAGCAUUGCCUUUAAAUUGUUUAACUUGGGUCAAACGGUUCGGGUAGCCUUCCACAAGCUUCUCACAUUAAGUUCGGUGAAUUUUGGCCCAUUCCUCCUGACAGACACAGAGAUUUGUAGGCCUCCUUGCUCACACACGCUUUUUCAGUUCUGCCCACAAAUUUUCUAUAGGAUUGAGGUCUGGGCUUUGUGAUGGCCACUCCAACACCUUGACUUUGUUGUCUUUACGCCAUUUUGCCACAACUUUGGAAGUAUGCUUGGGGUCAUUGUCCAUUUGGAAGACCCAUUUCCGACCAAGCUUUAACUUCUUGACUGAUGUCUUGAGAUGUUGCUUCAAUAUAUCCACAUAAUUUUCCUUCCUCAUGAUGCCAUCUAUUUUGUGAAGUGAACCAGUCCCUCCUGCAGCAAAGCACCCCCACAGCAUGAUGCUGCCACCCCCGUGCUUCACAAUUGGGAUGGUGUUCUUCGGCUUGCAAGCAACCCCCUUUUUCCUCCAAACAUAACGAUGGUCAUUAUGGCCAAACAGUUCUAUGUUUGUUUCAUCAGACCAGAGGACAUUUCUCAAAAAAGUACGAAUGUGCAGUUGCAAACCGUAGUGUGGCUUUUUUAUGGUGGUUUUGGAGCAGUGGCUUCUUCCUUGCUGAGCGGCCUUUCAGGUUAUGUCGAUGUAGGACUCGUUUUACUGUGGAUAUAGAUACUUUUGUACCUGUUUCCUCUUCUUCACAAGGUCCUUUGUUGUUGUUCUGGGAUUGAUUUGCACUUUUCGCACCAAAGUACGUUCAUCUCUAGGAGACAGAACGCGUCUCCUUCCUGAGCGGUAUGACGGCUGCGUGGUCCCAUGGUGUUUAUACUUGCGUACUAUUGUUUGUACAGAUGAACAUGGUACCUUCAGGCGUUUGGAAAUUGCUCCCAAGGAUGAACCAGACUUGUGGAGGUCUACCAUUUUUUUUCUGAGGUCUUGGCUGAUUUCUUUGAUUUUCCCAUGAUGUCAAGCAAAGAAGCACUGAGUUUGAAGGUAGGCCUUGAAAUACAUCCACAGGUAUACCUCCAAUUGACUCAAAUGAUGUCAAUUAGCCUAUCAGAAGCUUCUAAAGGCAUGACAUCAUUUUCUGGAAUUUUCCAAGCUGUUUACAGGCACAGUCAACUUAGUGUAUGUAAACUUCUGACCCACUAGAAUUGUGAUACAGUGAAUUAUAAGUGAAAUAAUCUGUCUGUAAACAAUUGUUGGAAAAAUUACUUGUGUCAUGCACAAAGUAGAUGUCCUAACCGACUUGCCAAAAUUAUAGAGUGGUUGAAAAACAAGUUUUAAUGACUCCAACCUAAGUGUAUGUAAACUUCUGACUUCAACUGUAUAUUUCAUGAAGUUGUGUAUCCCUGGAAAUAAUCAUAGUUCAUGUACUGUAAACAUUACAGUUUUGAAAACAUAGCUUGUCCAAAAAAAUCGUCUCUUGGCACAACUUACCACUGGUAUGGACCUACACAUUUCUGUACUGAAUGAAAUAUUACCAUUACCUUUUUUAAACCAUGUCUAUGGUUAUUUCCCAAACACAAUCCAACACUAUCACAAUCACUUUUUGUAUUUUAAUCAUUUAAAGCAUAUUUAACACAGGCUUAACACCUAACAAACACUUUUAACAUAGGCCAGGCCGUGUUGUUACCUCAUAUCCUUAAAUGUAUAAUGCCUUGCAUUAUGCCUGGGAAGAAAACACUUAAAUUUGCUCUUUCUUGCCAUUACCUCAACUUGCUCCAUGGCCAUUGGCUCAACUUACCCUAAGGCAAACAUUUUGACAAUAUUAGCCCACACAGCUACAAGGAUGCACUUUCAUGAUAGGUUUAGGACAUCAUAUUGAAGCUUAUAGAAACCCCAACUGAUGUAUAGAACAAUCUUGAAAUUAUAUACAUUGGGUUAGAUACAAGCAUCAUGAAACCUCUAACACAAUAAAUUAUUUUGACUUGGUGAAAAUCAGUUUUUUGGACCUAACUUGCUUACCACUUUUUCCAAGUGGUUUCUUCCUUCAUAGACUCCAUGAAAUGAUGACCUCACCCUAAAUGAUUCAUUUUGUGUAUGGUUUCCUAGAAACAAGGGUGACUCACCUUACCCCACUCUCCCCUACUGCUUGUACAUAUUUUGCCUCUAAAGUUUCUCCUCUAUUUUUCCUGUUGCCUACUUAUUCUCCUUGUCCUCCAUCCAUCCAUAAUGUUGUGUGUUUGUGCCUCCAGACCAGGUCACCCAGCCCCAGCCUCCCUUCUCCCUGUCCCCCUCCUCCUCCCUGUCCCCCUCCUCCUCCUCCCUGUCUCCCUGCUCAGAGGCCCGGGUCACCAAGUUCAUCCGUCAGUUUGUGGGGUCCUGUCUGCUGGUGUCUGACUCCAACACUGAGCUGUCCUACGUGCUGCCCUCGGAGGCUGUCAAGAAGGGCUGUUUCGAGCGGCUCUUUCAGGUACACACUUCGACACAUACACAGACCUAGAGAUGAAGGCACACAGUCAGACAGACAAAGACCUAGAGACUCUUUCAGGUACUCACUUAGACAGACAGACUCAGGCUGCGUCCCCAAUGGCACCCUAUUCCCUUUAUAGUGCACUACUUUUUAAUUUGUUUCAUUUAAUUAUUUACUUUUUACCCCCAAUUUCGUGAUAUCCAAUUGGUAGUUACAGUCUUGUCCCAUCGCUGCAACCCCCGUAUGGACUCAGGAGAGGUGAAGGUCGAGAGCCACGCGUCCUCUGAAACAUGACCCUGCCAAGCCGCACUGCUUCAUGACACACUGCUUGCUUAACCCAGAAGCCAGCUGGACCAAUGUGUCGGAGGAAACACUGUGCAACUGGCGACCGUGUCAGCAUGUAUUUUGUAAUAAAAAAUAAAUAAAUCACAACUCCUGUGGCAUGUGCUCGGCCCGCCACAGGAGUCGCUAGAGCGCGAUGGCACAAGGACAUCCCGUUCGGCCAAACCCUCCCCUAACCCGGACGAUGCUGGGUCAAUUGUGCGUCGCCUCAUGGGUCUCCCGGUCGCGGCCGGCUGCGAUACAGCCCGGGAUCGAACCCGGAUCUGUAGUGACGCCUCCAGCACUGCAGUACCUUAGACCGCUGCGCCACUCGGGAGGCCCUCUAGUGCAUUACUUUUAACCACAGCCCAUAUUCCCUAUUCCUAGGCGUUAGAGCAGAGUCUGGACCUUCUGGCUCUGACCAGCUUUGGGGUGAUGGACACCACUCUGGAGGAGGUCUUCCUCAAGGUGUCAGAGGAGGACCAGUCCCUGGAGAACAGUGAUGCAGGUGAGUACACUCAAAACGGCUGCCAAUCCAAUCCACCCAUUAUGGUAUCAUUGACUUGAAUAGGGAUGCCCAUUCUAGUGAUUCUAUUUUUGUGGGUGAGACCAAAUCCCAGUGUGUCUGUCUGCAGCUAAACGGAUCAAUAAAGUUGUUUGUGGAAGGGCUUUAUUACGUUAAUAAUUCAAUUAAAUUCACAUCAUGAAUUUCGUUUCUGCUGAGCUUGCAGUGUAGCGUCUGAGUUGCCGGAUGUUAAAUGCUGAUAUAGACUUUUCACAAGUUAUCUACACUACAUGACCAAAAGUAUGUGGACACCUGAUCAUCAAACAUCUCAUUCCAAAAUCAUGGGCAUUAAUAUGGAGUUGGUCCCCCCUUUGCUGCUAUAACAGCCUCCACUCUUUUGGGAAGGCUUUCCACUAGAUGUUGGAACAUUGCUGCGGGGACUUGCUUCCAUUCAGCCACAAGACCAUUAGUGAGGUUGGGCACUGAUGUUGGGUGAUUAGGCCUGGCUCGCAGUCGGUGUUCCAAUUCAUCCCAAAGGUGUUCGAUGGGGUUGAGGUCAGGGCUCUGUGCAGGCCAGUCAAGUUCUUCCACACCGAUCUCGACAAACCGUUUCUGUAUGGACCUCGCUUUGUGCACGGGCCAUUGUGAUGCUGAAACAGGAAAGGGCCUUCCCCAAACUGUCACCACAAAGUUGGAAGCACAGAAUCGUCUAGAAUGUCAUUGUAUGCUGUAGCGUUAAGAUUUCCCUUCACUGGAACUAAGGGGCCUAGCCCGAACCCUGAAAAACAGCCACAGACCAUUAUUCCUCUUCCACUAAACUUUACAGUUGGCACUAUGCAUUAGGGCAGGUAGAAUUCUCCUGGCAUCCGUCAAACCCAGAUUCGCCCGUCGGACUGCCAGAUGGUGAAGCGUGAUUAAUCACUCAAGAGAACGCGUUUCCACUGCUCCAGAGUCCAAUGGCGGUGAGCUUUACACAACUCCAGCCCACGCUUGGCAUUGCACAUGUUCAUCUUAGUCUUGUGUGCGGCUGCUCGGCCAUGGAAACCCAUUUGAUGAAGCUCCCGACGAACAGUUCUUGUGCUGACGCUGCUUUCAGAGGCAGUUUGGAACUCGGUAGUGAGUGUUGCAACCGAGGACAGAUGAUCUUUACGUGCUUCAGCACUCGGCGGUACCGUUCUUUGAGCUUGUGUGGCCUACCACUUCGCGGCUGAGCCGUUGUUGCUCCUAGACGUUUCCACUUGACAAUAAGAGCACUUACAGUUGAUCAGAGCAGAUCCAGCAGGGCAGAAAUUUGACAAACUGACUUGUUGGAAAGGUGGCAUCCUAUGAUGUUGCCACGUUGAAAGUCACUGAGCUCUUCAGUAAGGCCAUUCUACUGCCAAUGCUUGUCUAUGGAGAUUGAAUGGCUGUGUGCUCGAUUUUAUACACCUGUCAACAACGGAUGUGGCGGAAAUAGCCGAAUCCACUAAUUUGAAGGGGUGUCCAUAUACUUUUGUAUAUGUAGUGUAUUUAGUCUUUUUAAAUGUUAAUGAUGAUCUCUCUCUCCUCCCAGACAUGAAGGAUUCCCCAGGCGGUAGCUCAGUGGCAAUGCCUGCUGCUGCGGUGGUGGGUCUGGGGGCCCCUGGAGGGCCGCAGGUAAGGAUGAGUUCAACACAAUUUCUUUCAGAAUUGAUUACUUGAUGGUCGCAAAACAGAAUAAUGUCCAUAUACUUAAAUUAAUUCAGCUUUCUAGUGAUGCAGAAUGUCACAAUUUAGUUUUUUUGUUCUUUUAAAUUCCCACAUUUUCUAAUUGAUACAGACACACUUGAAUGACUAAUGAAUUAAUAGAUUUAUCUAAUUUACCCAUCCCUCAUCCCUGUGAUAGACUUGCGUCCUGUCCAGGGCGUGUACUUGUACAUCAAGCUGCCCCACGUUACAGAAACAUGAAAUAGGCUCCUGCUCUAUGGGCCGUUCUGGUUCAGACAAGGCUUAUUUUAUUUUACUUACUUUAUCCCUAUCCGCAGGGUGAAGGCCCGGGGCCUGGGGCUCCUGCAGGAGGCAGCAGCAGUGUGCUGAGGCCAGAGGUAGAGCUCAGUAAUCUGGUAAACUGCUCCAGGCUCAGCCAGAGUCAAUCGUCCCUGCGCUCCUCCUCAUCCUUGGGGUCCGUACGGGGGGACGAGGGGGGGCUCUACACAGACUUCUACGGAGACUACUGUCCCCUCUUUGACAACAGACAAGACCCUGACUCUACCAGCCUGACGGGUAAGAGAGGAUCCAUCCCAGCCCCCUCAUAAUCCCUUUGACUGAGUAGCGUAACAUUGUUUUGUCAUAGCAAUAGACUGAAUGAGAUAUGGAAGGUGUAACUCAGUAAAAAACUUGAUUAUCUUCAUUAUAUUUAACCAGGUAGGUUAUUAAGAACUAGGGUUCAAAGCUACCGAUAAUUUACCAAAGUUACCGGAAUCUUCGGUAAUUUUGGCCAUUAACAGGUCAUCUAUCGUAAUCUAUGGUAAUUUAGGUAAUUUAUACUUAAAUAACUUUAAAAAUAUAUAAAUGUAUAUAUAUGUGUAGUAUUGUUUCUUUUUAUAUAUCUGUGUCCAUAUUGUCCAUGACUUUCUAGUAGAUAGACCAUAUGGUUCAAGAGAAAAUAGCCUAAUUAAUGAACAGUAUUUUUAAUUAACUCUGCAACUCUUCCAACUAUUGUCUUUUUUUCACUACAGCCACCAGUUUACCCCCAAAACAUUCACAAAAAAUACAUAUUGACAAAGUCAAAUGAAUGAAAGUGUGUAAAAAAUAGAUAAAGGAUAUUUCAUGCUUAAACAUUCAUAUUGAACACCAAUGGUAUUCACUAACUUGAUGGUUUAUAUUUAGGAUAAUCUUUUACAGCUUUGUCAUUUAAAAUCAUUAAAAAUAAUCGUAUUAGAUUGUUAUAUAUUUUACACGUUAUAAGGCCACACAGACGGCCAGAGAUAAUUACAGACACCUGUGAUAAUCUUGUGAAAAGGCCACAAGAUGUCAUCUGAUAAAAUUCCACAUAUUCCUUGAAAGUUACCAAAUUUCUAAACUUCAAAAGUUUCCAGUAAUAUUCCCUCCCUUUGCAACUAUAUUAAGAACACAAGAACACAUUCUCUUUUACCACAUCAACCAAUGAAAUGGUGCAAUGAAAUACAGUGUGGUUGGAUGAGCUAAUGAGGCUCAUUUUACUCCGUUGUGUGAGAUGAUUUUUGACCUUGUUCAUUUCUCUCUCCAUCUCUCUGUAUCUCUAGCGGAAUGGGACGAGGCCUCUGGCCCUGAGCAGCCUGUGGUUCUGGAGGGCCAGGGCAGCUUCAAGCUUGAGGGUUGGUGGCUGAAGCUACGUCAGUUCCACGGCCUCAUCGUCAAGAGGUUCCACUGUGCCAAGAGGAACACCAAGGGUCUCUUCUCUCAGAUCCUGCUGCCUGCAUUCUUCGUCUGUGUGGCCAUGACCGUGGCCCUGUCGGUGCCUUCCAUCGGUGAGGACAACUUUACUUAUAUUUUACAUUAUUAUUUUAGUCAUGUAGCAGAACUUCUUAUCUGGAGCGACUUACAGUCAAUGCACUCAACUAAGUUUAGAAGGAAAAAAACAACCACAUACCACAGUUACUGCAAGUAGACUCUUCUUCAAAAUAGCCGCUUUCAGCAGAAUCAGCCAGGAAGAAAAAAAGCAAGUGCAGGUGUGAAUGCAAGAAAGACAAGUACAGUUUUUCUCAAGUUCAACUAGCUACAGUUGAAGUUAAAAUGGACUUGGUUGUUUGUCAGUAUUUGUAGGUUGUCUUUAUGUGAUCUCUGUUCUUCUGUUCUUCAGGAGACCUGCCACCAUUGGUCUUGUCUCCAUCCCAGUACCACAACUACACCCAGCCUCGUGGCAACUUCAUCCCCUACGCCAACGAAGACCGCCCACAGUACAGGUCAGACAGACCGUAUGUCACUCAUUACCAUCAUGCCAACAUAUACACAAUGUAAAUGUAAAUCAUAUAAUUCCUUCUGACAAGUAGCAUUAUUCUUUCAUUUGUGCAUCUUAUCUGAGUCUCAGUAAUCACACAAAAUCAUUAGUCCAAUCUACAGGCCACCAAUGUUGUAAAGCUGGUGUCUAUAACUUUCCAACAGCCUCCUGUUCUUCCUCUCCUCAGCAGUAAACUGUCCCCAGACGCCAGCCCCCAGAAGAUCGCCAACACACUGCGUCUGCCAUCGGGAGUGGGUGCCACCUGCGUCCUCAAAACGCCCUUCAACAGUACCCUGGACCAGCUGGCACAGACGCUCAACCCCAGCGCCAACAACUCCAAGACCCUGGCUGCCCGCUACUUUGACUCCAUGUGUCUGGAUUCCUUCACCCAGGGAGUGCCCCUGUCCAACUUCGUACCCCCUCCCCCCUCGCCAGCCCCCUCAGAUGACCCCGACCCUCGUUUUGAGGAUAGACAGUGGAACUUCACUGCUGCCACUCUUACCACUGUCCGGGGUAAGUCUCUGCUAGGCUCAGGUGGUAAAAAAACAGUGGAAAGGAUAUGUUUGAUACUUUAUAUAUACUGUAUGUAGGCAAAUGUUUUAGCUAUCAUAUCUACAGUUGAAGUCGGAAGUUUACAUACACUUAGGUUGGAGUAAUUAAAACUUGUUUUUCAACCACUCCACAAAUUUCUUGUUAACAAACUAUAGUUUUGGCAAGUCGGUUAGGACAUCUACUGUACUUUGUGCAUGGUUUUAGAAGUUUCUGAUAGGAUAAUUGACAUCAUUUGAGUCAAUUGGAGGUGUACCUGUGGAUAUAUUUCAAGGCCUACCUUCAAACUCAGUUCCUCUUUGCUUGACAUCAUGGGAAAAUCAAAAGAAAUCAGCCAAGAUCUCAGAAAAAUAUUUGUAGACCUCCACAAGUCUGGUUCAUCCUUGGGAGCAAUUUCCAAACGCCUGAAGGUACCAUGUUCAUCUGUACAAACAAUAGUACCCAAGUAUAAACACCAUGGGACCACGCAGCCAUCAUACCGCUCAGGAAGGAGACACGUUCUGUCUCCUAGAGAUUAACGUACUUUGGUGCGAAAAGUGCAAAUCAAUCCCAGAACAACAGCAAAGGACCUUGUGAAGAUGCUGGAGGAAACAGGUACAAAAGUAUCUAUAUCCACAGUAAAACGAGUCCUAUAUCGACAUAACCUGAAAGGCCGCUCAGCAAGGUAGAAGCCACUGCUCCAAAACCGCCCUAAAAAAGCCAGACUACGGUUUGCAACUGCACAUGGGGACAAAUAUUGUACUUUUUUUGAGAAAUGUCCUCUGGUCUGAUGAAACAAAAAUAGAACUGUUUGGCCAUAAUGACCAUCGUUAUGUUUGGAGGAAAAAGGGGGUUGCUUGCAAGCCAAAGAACACCAUCCCAACCGUGAAGCACGGGGGUGAUAGCAUCAUGCUGUGGGGGUGCUUUGCUGCAGGAGGGACUGGUGCACUUCACAAAAUAGAUGGCAUCAUGACAAUUAUGUGGAUAUAUUGAAGCAACAUCUCAAGACAUCAGUCAGGAAGUUAAAGCUUGGUUGAAAAUGGGUCUUCCAAAUGGACAAUGACCCCAAGCAUACUUCCAAAGUUGUGAAAAAUGGCUUAAGGACAACAAAGUCAAGGUAUUGGAGUGGCCAUCACAAAGCCCUGACCUCAAUCCUAAAGAACAUAUUUGGGCAGAACUGAAAAAGCGUGUGCGCGCAAGGAGGCCUACAAACCUGACUCAGUUACACCAGCUUUGUCAGGAGGAAUGGGCCAAAAUUCACCCAACUCAUUGUGGGAAGCUUGUGGAAGGCUACCCAAAACGUUUGACCCAAGUUGAGCAAUUUAAAGGCAAUGCUACCAAAUACUAAUUGAGUGUAUGUAAUCUUCUGACCCACUGGGAAUUUGAUGAAAUAAAUAAAAGCUGAAAUAAAUCAUUCUCUCUACUAUUAUUCUGACAUUUCACAUUCUUAAAAUAAAGUGGUGAUCCCAACUGACCUAAGACAGUGAAUUAUUACUAGGAUUAAAUGUCAGGAAUUGUGAAAAACUGAGUUUAAAUGUAUUUGGCUAAGGUGUAUGUAAACUUCCGACUUCAACUGUAUAUAUUAUUGAAUUACUCUAUGUCACAUUAUAUUAUUUUCUUUUAUGAUGUCUUGUCUGACAAUUAUAGCUGCAUAGUCCUGUAUAGGCCGUUCUGGUUGAAACAAGGCUGACUCUACUGAGUCCUGUACAGUAGCCUCCCUAAUAAUCCUGCCCCCUGUACUGUGUGUGUCCUCAGAAACAGUGACCUCUCCCCCAACCUUGCCGCGGUCCAUCCGCGAGCCGGUUCGUUGUAUCUGCUCCAUGCAGGGGACAGGCUUCUCCUGCCCCAGUGGGGUGGGAGGGCGGCCACCCCUCAUGAAGGUGGUCACCGGGGACAUUCUGGUGGACAUCACCGGGCGUAACGUGUCAGAGUACCUCCUCUACACCUCCGACAGACUGCGUCUGCACAGGUAACACACUCAUACAAACAGAAGCACACACACACACACACACACAGGGAAGGAGGGGAAGAGGUAUGGCAUCCAUCCAAUUGUCUUUCUCUCUCUUCCCUGUUUCUUAUUUUCUCUCUCUCUAGAUAUGGAGGACUCACAGUAGGCAACGUACAGAAAUCAGUCCCAGCAUCCUUUGGGGAAAAUAAUCCACCCAUGGUUCGCAAAAUAGCCGUGCGCAGAUCAGCUCAGGUGAGCAGAAGGGCAUUUUCUUAAAGAGCCAGGAUACGUCCCAAAUGGCACCCUUUUCCCUAUAUAGGGCACCAUUUUUGACCUGGGCCCUGGUCAACAGUAGUGCACCAUAUAUGGAAUAAGGUGCCACUUAAGACACAACGUUGGUGUCAGUUUCAUGGGCAGGGUUAUUAUAACACUGCACUAUUUGCGCUGCUGUGUCAUUGCCAGUGACAGACUUGUCCCCUCCUAAUAGGUGCUGUACAAUAAUAAAGGGUACCACAGCAUGCCAACCUAUCUCAACGUCCUCAACAACGCCAUCCUGCGUGCCAACCUGCCUCCAGGCAAGGGCAACCCUGCUGCAUACGGUGAGAGUGGCUACCUAUACAUACUAUAACCUGGAGCACGUGGGGUUCUGUUAGCCUGGUCCCAGAUCUGUUUGUGUUCUUGCCAAACAUGUGCGGGGCAGAGAGUUGGUAUAAUAGCACAAACAGACUGGCACUCAGGCUAGGAUUCUGUGAAUUUAGUAGCUAUUUGUGUGAAAAUGCAUGUUCAAGGUUCCUUUGUAUCUGGGGAUCUUCUAUGGGAAUGUACAGUGCCUGCCCCCAUUCAACCCCUUUUGUUGGGUCCACAGGAAUCACCCUGACCAAUCACCCCAUGAACCGCACCAGUGCAAGCCUCUCUCUGGACUACCUGUAAGAAUCUAUGUGUUCAGUUAUUAAACUGUGGCACAACAUUUCUGACAAUAACUUUCUUACCAAGGUUGUGUACCAAAUGGUACCCUAUUCCCUAUAUAAUUUAUAAUGCACUACUUUUGACCAGAUCCCUAUGGGCCCUGGUUGAAAGUAAUUCACUAUAUAGGGCCCUCAAACUCAACUUAUAUAGGGCCCUCAAACUCAACUCUGGACCUCAGGCCAGUUCCACUGUGUGUUUUUCAUUGUUCCCCUCUAAUCAGGGACUGAUUUAGACCUGGGACACCAGGUGGGUGCAAUUAAUUAUCAGGUAGAACAGAAAACCAGCAGGCUACGGACCUCAUAGCGUAAGAGUUGAAUACCCCUGAUAUAGGGAAUAGUGUGCCAUCUGACAUGCACCCACUGUCUUAAGUCUCUGUUUGUCCCUCCAGGCUCCAGGGCACUGAUGUGGUGAUAGCCAUCUUCAUCAUCGUGGCCAUGUCCUUUGUACCAGCCAGCUUUGUGGUCUUCCUGGUGGCAGAAAAGUCGACCAAGGCCAAGCACCUGCAGUUUGUCUCUGGAUGUGACCCAGUCAUCUACUGGCUGGCUAACUACAUUUGGGACAUGGUGAGAGGGGGUGGAGUGAGUGUGUGUGUGUGUGUGUGUGUGUGAGAUGUAAACUGCUGAACAGAUAAACCAGUGUAGGUAGUAGUUUGUUUACUACAGUAAACUGGACCCCAGGCAUUGAUACAACUCCAUCCCUAAAUCCAGUUAGCUACUGCUUUGCUUUCCACGCUGAACCACUCCUUGUGGAUUGUCAUUGACUUGGUGACUGUUACUGUAGUGUACUCCUGUCAGGGCACGCGUCGUUCUGUCUAUCUUCCGUCUGUUUGUGUUGUGUACUAUUCACCCACAGAUGGUACUAUGAAUGUUUGAGAGAUAUUGUGUAUUUCUGCCAGCAUAUCUAACUGAAACUCUCCUGUCUCUCUCUGUCUCCCAGUUGAACUACCUGGUGCCAGCCACGUGCUGUGUCCUUAUCCUGUUUGUCUUUGACCUUCCUGCGUACACAUCCCCAACCAACUUCCCCGCGGUCCUCUCUCUCUUCCUCCUCUAUGGGUGAGUGUACUUUACUUAUUACCACACAGCACUUAUUUUCUCUACCCACUCAGUACAUCCCAAAUGGCAUCCUUUCCCCUGUAUAGUGCACUACUUUUGGCAUAGGGCUCUGGUCUAAAGUAGUGCACUAUGUAGGGAAUAGAGUGUUAUUUGGGACAUAUUCACUUUCUUGCCUUACUUGUUAAAGCUUGUCAAGAGGAAACCAUGUCAUCACAUUCACUAGUGUAUAAGAGGCACCCUGUGGUGCUGCUGGAGCCCUAUCUUCAUUUGUAGCAUCAUUUAUGAGAGAAAAGAGGAACAAUUGUUUUUUUGAACCUGGGGGAAAAAAAAGCAUAGACAUUGUGCCCUUGCAUUAUGCAUAACUGUCCUUGACGAUAUCAAGAAACUGUAAUGCAUACUUAAUGAAUAUGACCUGUUAUAUCACUCUGUAUUUCCCUCCCUCCCCCUCUCUCUCUCUUUCUCUCUCUCCCCGUCUCUCUCUUUUCCUCCCACCCACCCACCCUCUCUCUCUCUCUCUCUCUCUCUCUCUCUCUCUCUCUCUCUCUCUCCUCUCUCUCUCUCUCUCUCUCUCUCUCAAUUCAAUUUAAAUUUAAGGGCUUUAUUGGCAUGGGAAACGUGAUGUGUUUCUCUCUCUCUCUCCUCCCUCCCUCCAGGUGGUCUAUCACUCCUAUUAUGUACCCUGCCUCCUUCUGGUUUGAAGUGCCCAGCACGGCCUAUGUGUUCCUCAUUGUCAUCAACCUCUUCAUAGGCAUCACUGCCACUGUAGCUACCUUCCUGCUGCAGCUCUUUGAGCAUGACAAGGUGUGUGUCUUACUCUAUUGACAGCAUAACAGCAGUUACGGCUAGGGUUGCAGAAUUCCUGUAACCUUUCCAAAAUUCCCAGGUUUCCAAGGAAUCAGUAAGCAGGAAUAAGCAGGAAAUCUGGAAUGCUCCAACCAGGAUUUUUGGAAAAUCUAGGUAUUUUAGGAAAGUGAACAGAAUUGUGCAACCCUACAGCAGUUCCAGAAGUAUUGUUAUGAUUAGGUCCAGUAUAUUUAACAUGAUUUCCUCACACUGUUGUUCUUCGGUCUCUCUCUGCAGGAUCUGAAACUGGUGAACAGCUACCUAAAGUCAUGUUUCCUUAUCUUCCCAAACUACAACCUGGGUCAUGGCCUGAUGGAAAUGGCCUACAACGAAUACAUCAAUGAGUACUAUGCUAAAAUAGGUGUGGUUAUAUUCAAAAUGCUAUUCCAAGUAGCUACUGUACAUUUGAUAUCUGGGCUAAUAAUAUUAAAUCUAUAGCACUUUGGGACUUUGUUUAAAGCAAUUUGAGACAACUGCUGAUGUAAAAAGGGCUUUAUAAAUAAAAGGAAUUGAGAAGUUGAAUCUCUCUUUAUUAUGUCACUCUCAGGUCAGUUUGACAAGAUCAAGUCUCCAUUUGAGUGGGACAUUGUGACUCGAGGGCUGGUCGCCAUGACAAUCGAGGGCUUUGUAGGCUUCUUCAUAACCAUCCUGUGCCAGUACAACUUCCUCAGGAAACCCUCGUGAGUGUGUGUGUGUGUGUGUGCAAUGUGGAUGCAUUAGUGUGUGUGUAUUACACCAAUAAGAUCCACUGCAGUGUUCUAGUUCUAUGCUGCCCCUGAGUGUGUGUUGUCCCUGUGUGUGUGUGUGCAUGUGUUCUAUAACAGGAGAGUACCAGUCAGUAGCCAGCCCAUAGAGGACGAUGAUGUGGAUGUGGCCUGUGAGAGAAGGAGAGUACUGAGAGGAGAUGCUGACAACGACAUGCUGAAGAUUGACAACCUCACCAAGGUCAGACAGACACAGAGAUCCCCUUCAUUUAGCUCCUAUUCCCUAUCUAGUGCACCAUAGGGCCCUGGUCGAAAGUGGUGCACUAGAUAGGCAAUAGGGUGCCUUUUGAGACACAGCCGAGGUUUAAACCACACUGCAUUCAAGGUCAACAGAGUCUCACAGGGUGUUGACGCCGUUAAUGACUUCCAUGUCCUGUGUCUAUCAGGUGUACAAAUCGAGGAAGAUGGGGCGUAUCUUGGCUGUGGAUCGGCUGUGUUUGGGCGUGCGUCCUGGGGAGUGUUUCGGCCUCCUGGGUGUGAACGGAGCAGGGAAGACCACCACCUUCAAGAUGCUGACUGGAGACGAGAGCACCACGGGAGGAGAGGCCUUCAUAGGGGGGAGCAGGUACUUUACAUGUACACCAGGGCUGCGUCCCAAAUCGCACCCUAUUCCCUUUAUAGUGCACUACUUUUGAUGGGCCCUGGUGAAAAGUAGUGCACUAUAAAGGUGCCAUUUGGGACGUACACCAGAUGGGUCUUUAAGCACGAUGGUAAUGCUAAUCUCAAUGGGUUAUGACGUUCUUAGUUAAAACAUUUUUAUCUCAGAGCCGCUAUUCAAAAAGUGUCUUAGAGUAAGAGUGCUGAUCUAAGAUCAGCUUAGCCUUUUGAUCCAUAAUGGAAAUACUAUAUGGACAUGGAGGACCUGAUCCUUGAUCAGCGCUCCUACUCUUAGACGCUUUAUGAAUACGGUCCCAGGCACUGUUGUUAUUGUUGUUGUUGUUGAGUGAUUCACGAGGCUCCCUCUGUCCCUGUGUUGUUGUUAGUAUCCUGAGGGAGCUGUUGAGGGUGCAGCAGAGCAUUGGCUACUGUCCUCAGUUUGACGCCCUGUUUGAAGACCUGACAGCCAGAGAGCACCUGGAGCUGUACACACGCCUUCGAGGCAUCCCCUGGAAGGAUGAGGAAAGGGUACGGCUACUACGCACACACACACACACACACACACACACACACACAGACAUGCACACACACACACACACACACACACACACAAGAACGAACGCAUGCACUUGCGCAUGCACACACACACACACACGCACACACACACACAGACACACACACACACACACACUCCACAUUACGCAUAUUACUGUGUGAUUUUGCUGAGUCAUUGUUGUUGAAAAGUUCCUCUAUUUCUUUCCUUUUGUCCUCUCCCAGGUGGUCUCCUGGGCCCUGGAGAAACUGGAGCUGUCCAAGUAUGCAGACAAGCCCGCAGGCACCUACAGUGGGGGAAACAAGCGCAAGCUGUCCACUGCCAUCGCCCUCAUUGGAUACCCCUCUCUCGUCUUCCUGGUUAGCCUCAACCGCAUCACCACUCACCACUCAUUAAAAGCUGUACGACUAUAUUGGGAUAUUCCACUCUACACGUAGAGGUGGCAGGUAGCCUAGCGGUUGGACCAGUAACCGGAAGGUCGCAAGUUCGAAUCCCCGAGCCGAGAAGGUGAAAAAAUCUGUUGACGUGCCCCUGAGCAAGGCACUUAACCUUAAUUGCUCCAUGGUCGCCGUUGAUAAUGGCCGACCCUGGCUGUGACCCCACUCUCCGAGGGUGUGAAAAAGGACAAAUAUAAGCACCCACCUAAUUAAUAUUAUUAUUACAUAGAUAGUUUAUCCAAUUAUUCUGGUCUGGUUAAGACAGGAGACACUCAGCUCUGAUUGUGUCCUAUUCUUUGUGGGGCAGGAUGUAAAUAACUCAGAUGCCGUUCUGUGUGAUUGUCAUCUAGGAUGAACCCACUACAGGGAUGGAUCCAAAGGCCCGCAGAUUCCUCUGGAACCUCAUCCUUGACAUCCUCAAGACGGGACGCUCUGUGGUGCUGACAUCACACAGGUGUGACGCUCAUUCUCAUCAGACAUGUACUGCAUACUUACAUGUCAGCUAAUGUGCUUACUAAUACCUUUUAUUACUGAGGUGUCUGGGUAAUAAUUGUGUAUUCCCAUGUUAUCCCCAGCCUUGCAUUCACACCUGCACUAGUUUGUUUCUACCUGGUUCUGAUGCUGCUGAUAGAGGUGAAUGUAAGUCACUCUGGAUAAGCGUGUGUGCUAAAUGUCUGAAAUAUAAACUGUGAAUGUCUCUAUGUCUGCAGUAUGGAGGAGUGUGAGGCUCUGUGCACUAGACUGGGCAUCAUGGUCAACGGCAGGUUCAAAUGCCUGGGCAGCAUCCAGCACCUCAAGAACAGGUCAGAAGUUCACACACACACACACACACACACACACACACACACACACACACACACACACACACACACACACUCACACACUCAGCUAAUGGGCCUGCUCUGGCCUUUCUCUGUUGCUAGGCCAACCAGAAGAUAGAGACAUAUGGCAUGCCAACAUAAUCUGCAAUCACCUCUGAAUCACCCUACUUUUUUCUACUUCCUCCACCCUUUCAACUUGUCGUUUUUUUCCAGAUGGUUACACAUCCUGUUAUAUGUAUUCUGUGACUCCUCCUCAUUUCAUACUUCCUCGUAUCCUUUCUCCUCGUCUACUUCUCAUAACCUAUUGGAUAAAGGAGGCAAGGAGAUAGGAUACAAGGAAUCAAGGAAAGAGUCAUUGAGCCAGGGUGUCUUGUCAACUCUCACCCUGGUUGUCUCCCUUCCUUCCACAGGUUUGGCGAUGGUUACAUGAUCACAGUUCGGACCAAGACCAGUUCCAGUGUGAAGGAGGUGGUGAGAUUCUUCAACAGGAAUUUCCCUGAGGCUGUACUAAAGGUGCACAUAACAUUUAUAUUUUAGUCAUUUAGCGGACGCUCUUUUCCAAACUUACAGUCAGCGCAUUCAACUAAGUUUAGUUGGAAAAAACUACCACAUAUCACAGUUAUCACAGUUAGUACAGGUACACUCUUCUUUAAAAUAGCCGCUAUCAGCAGAAUCAAUGGUAUGAAGAAAACACAAGUGUGGGUGUGAGUGCAAGAAAGACAGUUUGUUUGAAUUUAAUUGAAUCUGUCCCCAGGAGAGUCACCACACUAAGGUCCAGUUCCAGCUGAAGUCAGAGAGGAUCUCCCUGGCCCAGGUGUUCAGUAAGAUGGAGCAGGUGGUGGAGGUGCUGGGGAUAGAAGACUACUCUGUCAGCCAGACCACACUGGACAAUGUGAGUUACUGUCACGCUGUGCUUGAGUAAUUUCCAUACUGACACAGUACAGAUGAUUAGAUAGAAAAUGUAUAUGAAAAAUAGAGAAUUCGAUUUUAAAUCUGUGCACUCACACACACUGAUCAUUGUUCUCUUUCAUUUUUUUUAAUUUGACUUGAGGAAGGCCUUGCAGCUCAAACAUUGAUGCUAAAAAGUCUCAAUUAUAUCCCCUUGUUUGUCCCUUCAUUUCUCUGUGUUCUCUCCCUCUCUAUCCAGGUAUUUGUGAACUUUGCCAAGAAGCAGAGUGACAACCUGGACCAGCAGGAGAGUUCCCCCCCUGGUGGAGGCCAGUCGCCACUGCAGCGCCUGCUAACCCUGCUCAGGCCCCGGCUGGCCAACACGGAGCUCGAAGCCCUGGUCAGCGAAGAACCGGAGGAACUAGAGAGUGAUGACGAUGAGGGCCUCAUCAGCUUCGAGGAGGAGAGGGUGAGGAAGGAGAGGGAGGGAGGAGGGAGAGGGAGGAGGGAGGAAGGGAGGGGAGAGGGGGAGGAGGAGGGACGCUGGCUUUCGUAUCGUUCUUGCUGGGAGUCGAUUUCGUCGGUUUAG